GACGCAACAGCUACGCCCGGAAGCCGGAAAACAAGAGGCGUCUGUCAUGGCGUCGCCCUCUGCUUUAUCCCGAUGUGUGGUAUCUCCGACCGGGAAGCACACGGCCUCGCUGAUUUUCUUGCACGGAUCAGGUGGAACCAUAUUUCUUUUUUUUUUUUUUUGGUUUGGCUGCUGGCCAGUGACUAGAGCGGAGAUGCGAAGCUGCUGCGAACUACAACUCCCGACAUGCUCUGCUACCGUUUGUAAUAAGCUGAGCAUGCCGGGAAAUGUAGUUCUCAGAACGUUCAGCUUCUAUUAAUGCUUGGGUUGGUGGAGCUGACAGUGACUGUUGUGCUUCCAUUUAAUAUUGGACUCAUGUAUCCUACACAUUAUUAAUAAUAGUCAUGUCUUCAUUCUGUUAUUUAAAUAACAUGUUUAUUGUGUUAGUGUCAGUAAAACAAAUAAGUUGUGUUGUUCAAAUAGAACACUCUGACUAUGUAGUAAAAAGUGAAAAAUCCCAAAUUAUGUCACUUAUAUGGUUCUACAGAAGUUGUAAAAUUAAUAUAAAACAAGAUCAAUUGUUAAUGGCCAACAUGCCGGUUUUUCACAAAACUGUAGGCUUAUGUGAUGCAGUAGCAUCUUUUAAUUUUUUUUUUUUAUUAUUAUUAAUAUGAGAUACAUUAUUUGCAAAUUCUCAAUGUUAAGAGCUAAAUAAAAAUUACCUAUUGAAAGUAUCCACAGCACUCAAUGUAUAUAAAUGCACACUGUUCUGUUAAGGGUGUUCUGACAAGGUAUAGUAAACUGAUAGAACACCGGCAUUGAAAAUCAACUUGAGAUACAAAACAGAAAGGAAGUGAAUAUAUACAUUUUGGCAUUAACGUAUCUUUGCACUAUUUUAUUAACAUUAGUGAAAUUUUGCUCAAGUUAAUUUUAUUUUAUUGUACCAUUUUAAACAGGAUCUGUACAGAAGGGCAAAGUUCAGGGACCAGAAUGGGACUUGCUGAUGCUUAGGAAUUUAACCCUAGUAUUUAGAUAUUCGAAAUGUUGCAGGUGCUUUUAGUGUGAGGUUACACAGACUCACUCCGGACACAGAUCAUAGGAAAAAUCAUUGUAUUCUUAUUCAUAGCCGGCUACGGUCUCAUCAGCACAGACUCAUGUCUAAAAAAGGGCUAAGAGCCCCCCUCUCGGGUUAAGUCUUUAUAUAUUAUUAUUAUGUUAUUUAUAUUGCACCAACAAAUUCUGCAGCACUUUACAGUAGGUGGACGAACAGACAUGUAGUUGUAACCAGACAAGUUGGACACACAGGAACAGAGGGGUUGAGGGCCCUGCUCAAUGAGCUUACAUGCUAGAGGGAGUGGGGUAAAGUGACACAAAAGGUAAGGAUAGUAUUAGACUAAUGACAGAUGCAAGAGAGGAAUCACUCGGGAGCUAUUAACAGUUUAAUUGAUACGCUUUGAUGAAGGAGUGGAUUUUUAAUGAUUUUUUUUGAUGGAGUGGAGCCAAUGUAGGGACUGACAGAAGGGUGAGGCGUGGGAGGUGCGGGAGGACAGGAAGAUGAGCCUUGCCGCCGCAUUCAUUAUGGACUGUAAUGGCGCAAGUUGGGAGCACAUCAGACCACUGAGAAGUGGAUUACAGUAGUCAAGGCGAGAAAGGGCAGUGGAAUGGACCAGCACCUUAGUCGCAUCUGGCGUUAAGUAGGGUCGGAUGCGCGCAAUGUUUUUGAGAUGUAAGCGGCAGGAUUUGGUGAUAGACUGAACAUGAGGCGUGAAGGAGAGGUCGGAGUCAAUGAGAACACCUAGGCAGCGAGCCUAUGUGGUGGAGCUGAUGGUAGCACCGUUGACUUGGAGGGAGACAGACACAGGACUAGCAACAUUUGAGGGAGGAAAGACCAGAAUUUCAGUUUUGGUCAAGUUGAGUUUAAGGAAGUGGGCAGCCAUCCAGUUAGAAAUAGCAGAGAGGCAGUCAGAGACACUUGUCAAGAGGGACGGGGAGAGGACAGAUAGAUUUGCGUGUCAUCCACAUAGAAAUGAUAUUGGAAGCCAAAUGAGCUAAUGAGUUUACCAAGGGAGGCAGUAUAGAUGGAGAACAGUAGGGGACCAAGGACUGAACCUUGGGGGACACCAAAAAAGAGGACUUGGGGAGAAGCAGAGCCAGAGAAAGAAACACUGAAAGAGCAUAUCUGAUGGAGCUUAUACGCAACAGAGAUAUACAAGGGUUACUCCCAUACUGCGGCAAUUAAUAACCAAUUAGCAAGCGCUUAGCUAUUACUUUAUUAUUUUCCUAGUUUACUGCGUGUAACGGAUCACCUGGCACCCCGACUGGGUACCUCCGUUGAAAGAUGCUCCUAGCGCUUCCAGAGGACUCCAAGCACUCCACCAGACACCAUAAGCACCGCAGGCUGCAGCUAUCUCCCUUCAGAACGAAGCAGGAACAAGCUCUUACAAGAGCUCAGUGAUUAUAGCAAGGGAAUAUGCCUAGCAUAGCAAUCCCUUGUAGCAGAUUCCCCCAAUAAGAGACAGGACUCAAGUUGAGGGUAAAAAUAGAACUCUCUGGCUGCUAGCUUGCAGCCCUUUUUAUUAGGUGCUCCCAUGAAGGGGAGGGACACACACAGUAACAUACAUUAACCAAUCACACAAUAGUUACAUCCCACACAUAGCCCUCCCCUCUACCUGUAAACUAAUUAUCUGUACACACAGGAAAAUACAAUUAUCAUAGGUAGGGAAAAUACAGUUUUUACACAACAUUCAUAACUCCCAAAAUAUACAUCACAUUCGCAUAAAAAUACAUAUUCACAAUCAAUCCAUUCAGGGGAACAACAUAUUAAAAAAUGGCAUGAAUCAGACCAGGGGUUCAAAAGUUAGUAAAAGUAUCUUUUGUUCCCCCUGGCUCAAACAGUAAAAGUAAAACAUCCCCACAAUGCAUCCUGGCUUCCUCCCUUCUGCCCUGGAGAUAAUUGGAGAAGGAAUCUAAUUAUCUCCAAAGACAGAGCCAAACUCCAUUACCCACAUGGCAGACAAAAAGACAGUAAAAGACAUAAAAUUACAUACUGACACAUUUAGUACAUAAAACACACAUUUCUACAUAUCCCCAGAUAGCUUGGAUCUGACUGCACAUUAUUAGAUGAAUGGCACUCAGAUCACACGAAUAAGCCUUUCUGCAGGGAAAAUAAACAGUUUAACCUGCAGGGCCAUAGUCCAAAGGCAAGAGGCGGGCAAGCAGCCCCCUCCAAGGACACGUGGCGAGGUCGGUUUCGCCACACUUCUCCCCUUUGCCCCCCAGACUAACAGGGUAUCUGACCUCCUGCCGGUCAGUGCCCUGGUUAGUCCAGCAACCCACCCACGAAGCACAAACAGCAGUACAGCCCACCCACAAUAAAUGUUUACUCCACCUGGAUAAAGUAGCAACUUGUCCAUGUCCAGGUGCCUCACCACGGCUGUGUGGGGAGCUGGUAGACUGCCUUGGUGGGUUGCUGAGUGGGCAGAGACCAGCGGUACUCUGCCCUGGUGCCAGUGCUACCACCGAAGUAGCCUGAUUGGAGCCUGGUUGUGGGAGGGGGAGACCGACCGUCUCCCCUCUGGGUACACAGCUCUGGGGCUGGGGAACAGGACCGACCGUCUCUACCCCUUGGGCUGUAAGCGCAGAGACUACGGUCCCAUCUGCACAGUUGCGGGGCUCAACAUCUCCCCUUGGUGGGUUAGGCUGCCGCUGGAGAGAGGGUGUAACAAGCUCCUCUCUCUGGACUGUCAACUGCCGCUGGGGAGAGGGGUUAACAGGCUCCUCUCCCUGACACUCUCUCUGCUGGUGGAGAGGCGGACCAGCUGUCUCCCCUUUCAUUAUUUUGUCCUGCUGCUGGGGUGUGAGACUGACGGUCUCUGCUCCCUGCAGGACACACUGCCGCUGGGGAGGAAGGACGACACCUUCAGCUCCCUGGGGUACACACUGUCGCUGGAGAGGAAGGAUUGCACCCUCAGCUCCCUGGGGUACACACUGCCGCUGGGGAGGAAGGACGACACCUUCGGCUCCCUGGGUUACACACUGCUGCUGGGGAGGACGGACGACACCAUCAGCUCCCUGGGGUACGCACUGCCGCUGGGGAGGAAGGACGGCACCUUCCGCUGGGGCAGCCUGUAGAAAGUCAGGCUCAGGGGAAGGAAACAAGGGAGGACAGAGGCCAGCGGCGCUCUGCCCAGUUGCCAGCUCUUCUGCUGGGGGGUCAGGGAACAAAGGAGUUGGCUGGGGAGGAGAAAUAUCACUUACCUCCCCCUGGUACUCCGGCUGCUGCUGGGGGGGGAGGUCGAUUCUCUCCACUUUCUGUAACUCCAGCUCUAGUUGGGGAUCUGGGCCGGUUGCCCAGCAUCCCUGUAGGGCCGGUGGAGAGAUCUCGGUCCCAUCUCCACCUGCCUGCAGGGGGUCCUCCCAGGACCAGUCUAUGAGGUCCUCUACCUCGGGUACCUCUGGUUGCUGUUGGGGAGGGAGACCGGUUGUCUCUUCCUCCAAUAACACAUUCUGCCGCUGGGGAGUGAGACCGACUGUCUCCCCUCCCUGUAAAACAUACUGCCGCUGGGGAUCUGGGCCGGGUGCCCAGCAUCCCUGUAGGGCCGGUAGAGAGACCUCGGUCCCAUCUCCACCGGCCACCUCGGUUUCUUCCUCGUCCCACUCUACCUGUGGCUGGAGUUUCUCCCAACGUGCCCACUGGCCUUCCCUCAACGCCCUGUGUUGUAGGUUCCGGGUCACCAUGUCCCACACGAACCGCACGUAUUUCUCCUCUGGAUUGGGUCCGUAAAACUUCAGGUGCAACCCUACCAUCGUGCCAAACUCUAGUACGGAGUAGCUAUACGCCAUGCUUGCUGUAGCCACUGCUGGUUCCAUUAUGUUGCUGAAGAUAAGGACGCUGCACAACUCCACACGUUACCGGUGUCUCCGAGCUGCUUCUCCUCGCACUAGGAUGCCAUCCCACCGCUUGCCACCAAUGUAACGGAUCACCUGGCACCCCGACUGGGUACCUCCGUUGAAAGAUGCUCCUAGCGCUUCCAGAGGACUCCAAGCACUCCACCAGACACCAUAAGCACCGCAGGCUGCAGCUAUCUCCUUUCAGAACGAAGCAGGAACAAGCUCUUACAAGAGCUCAGUGAUUAUAGCAAGGGAAUAUGCCUAGCAUAGCAAUCCCUUGUAGCAGAUUCCCCCAAUAAGAGACAGGACUCAAGUUGAGGGUAAAAAUAGAACUCUCUCUGGCUGCUAGCUUGCAGCCCUUUUUAUUAGGUGCUCCCAUGAAGGGGAGGGACACACACAGUAACAUACAUUAACCAAUCACACAAUAGUUACAUCCCACACAUAGCCCUCCCCUCUACCUGUAAACUAAUUAUCUGUACACACAGGUAAAUACAAUUAUCAUAGGUAGGGAAAAUACAGUUUUUACACAACAUUCAUAACUCCCAAAAUAUACAUCACAUUCGCAUAAAAAUACAUAUUCACAAUCAAUCCAUUCAGGGGAACAACAUAUUAAAAAAUGGCAUGAAUCAGACCAGGGGUUCAAAAGUUAGUAAAAGUAUCUUUUGUUCCCCCUGGCUCAAACAGUAAAAGUAAAACAUCCCCACAAUGCAUCCUGGCUUCCUCCCUUCUGCCCUGGAGAUAAUUGGAGAAGGAAUCUAAUUAUCUCCAAAGACAGAGCCAAACUCCAUUACCCACAUGGCAGACAAAAAGACAGUAAAAGACAUAAAAUUACAUACUGACACAUUUAGUACAUAAAACACACAUUUCUACAUAUCCCCAGAUAGCUUGGAUCUGACUGCACAUUAUUAGAGGAAUGGCACUCAGAUCACACGAAUAAGCCUUUCUGCAGGGAAAAUAAACAGUUUAACCUGCAGGGCCAUAGUCCAAAGGCAAGAGGCGGGCAAGCAGCCCCCUCCAAGGACACGUGGCGAGGUCGGUUUCGCCACACUGCGUAUUAACAUUCUUAGCAUACCUGUACAUGGGUCCUGGCCCUGAUCAUGUACAGCUCUUGUCCCAUAUAUGGUCAAAUGGCUCUGAGGCAUUUCCGAGAUCGUCUGCCACAAUAUGACUAUUUAUGCUAAUACAGCAGGCAGAUUCCCACAUCACAUUAACCCCCCAAACCUGUCACACUCACCCCCUUCAACCAUGCCAACUCAUCUCCCAUUGCUCUACCACACUCACCAUAUCACAUUAACCCCCAAUCCCGUCACACUCACCUUCUCUCUCACUGUCACACUCCUCUUCCAUCUGUCAGGAACGUUUGGGAAUCCUACACACAGAAUGAAAAUACUAGUAAUGUAUACCGGACCUUAGGAUGGCCGGACUAACACUACACACACAAAGAAUAGUCAAAUAGUACCAGAAAUCAGUCAAGGGUACCAGAAAUCAGGAUCAACAAUAAUGCAAUAGCCGGGGUCAAAGGAACACAGAAGGAAGAAUAGUCAAACAUAGCCAAAGUCAGAAUACAAGAAUACCAAUACAGAAUACGCGCUCUUGGGUCAAACAAGAACUACAACAGUGCAAUGAGUCUCUCCCUGGUUUCUCUUUAAAUACUGUGUUCACUUAAAUAACCACGCCCCCAAAACGUUCUCGUUCGAACACCUUGGAUGGUUAUGGUAUUCUUAGCGUCAUGAUGUCGGCGCUCAUUAGCCGCCUCAUAAAAGGAGGCGGUUUAUCGUGGCUGGCGUGAGAAUCGCUAGGCACAAGCAGAAAGUUAAGAGUGUUCCCAGUACCCUGUAAAGAGAUGCCAGCCUGUGACAUGCCCCUGACUGAUACACAAGGUAUAUAUACACAAGAAAAAACAAACAAACCAAUGCCCAUGUAACGGAAAAGUGAAAAUACAGCACUUAUCUGAAUAGAUAGUGGUAACAGCUUCCUCCAGGGAUAUCCCAGCAAUAAUCCCUUAAAUACUGUGUAGAUAUAUACAAAAGGAGGAUACAGCAAAAUAAUAGUGUAACACUGUUUAGUGAAAUAUAAAUGCGCUGUGUAAAGUAUAACUCACAAGAUAGAUGAAUACAGAGUUAUACUCUACACAGCGCAUUUAUAUUUCACUAGUGUUACACUAUUAUUUUGUUUUAUAUUUCUUUUGUAGAUCCGCAGCUGUAUCCUCAUUUUGUAUAUAUCUGAUACACAAGGUAACCUGACACCAUCACUUUGUGACAGUCACCCCCUUCAUCCUGCUACACUCACCCUUUUAAAAUAACCCCGUAAUCCUGACACACUAAUUUUACCCAAUCAAGCAACACACCCUGUCACAUAAAUCCCCUCCUAACCCUGUCAUGCUCACCUCACCCUGUCACAUUUCCUCCCCAAACCAUACUACAUUCACCCCAAACCUGUAAUAUUGACCCCCCAAAAAAUGCCACACUCACUUGUCACAUUAACCCCCUAAUCCUGUCACACUUACCUCCCCGCUCCCUGAUACAUUCACUCCUCAUUUAUGUCACACUCACAUCACCAACCAUGCCACACUCACCCUGUCACAUUAACCUCUCCUAAUCCUAUCACACUUACCUCCCCUCUCCCUGAAACAUUCACUCCUCCAACCAUGCCACACUUACCCCCCAACCCUGACACAUGCACCCACACUCACUCUGUCACACUCACACCCUAAUCCUGUUUCAUUCACCUCUCUCGUCCUUUCACACUCACCCUGCCACAUUUACCCCUUUACCCACCCUGUCACAGUCACCCCCUCAAGACAGUCAUCAUACACACACAGUCGUGAAACAUAGGUUUGCCAUGAACACAGUGCACAAAGUCCACAGGCAGUUCCCUAUAGAAACAACACACUGCAAGGAGUUACCCCACACACAGCCUCAAACACAGACAUACAUUUGCUCACAGAGACAUACAUUCAAACACUCUCAGGCUAAUACACAGGUAGACAAUGCCAGACAUUUUCAGAAAUACACACAGCCCAAUACACAGUCGUAAACUGCCCCCACAGUACUUACAUGUGUCAGAUUAACUGGCAAUUUAACUGCACACAAAACUUGCCUGCCGCCAGAGUGUCACUUUGCCCCACAGAACAUGCUGUGAGCAAACGUUCUGUGGCAUUUAUUAAUUGUCAAACUUACUGUGGUAUUUAGUAAUGAGCAACUUGCUUGGCAUGUGUUUAAUGGGCAAACUGACAGUGGUAUAUUUUUUAAAGGAAAACUGCCUAUGGCAUUUUCUGUGGGGCAAAGUGACACUGUGGCAGCAGGCAAGUUUUGUGUGCAGUUAAAUUGCCAGUUAAUCUGACACAUGUAAUACUGUGUGGGCAGUGUGACACUGUGGCAAGCUAUGUGGGGACAGGGUGACCCUUUUGCAGCUGCAGGGGAUGGGGGGGGGGCACUGCGCCUUUUUGGAAAGUGUGCUGGUGCAUUGUGAUGCUGUGGCCAAAUAAUUUGGUUGUGCUGCGGAAUUCAUGGCAGAGCCGGGCUCAUUCUCCAGGCCUCCGAAAAUGGAGCGCCAAGAGGAACCCUGUCACAGGGGGCCCAGAAGGGCAGAGCAGGCACCUGCUUACCUUGACGGCAGUUGCCUGCUCUGCCGAUAAAUAUCGGUGACCAGAUGAGCCAGGAGAAGGCAGGUGGCGAGAGAGGCCCUCCUUGCAGCUUCCCACUCCUCCCUCACGUGCCCUCUCACGUGAUGCCGGGAGCCAGAAUAUAACGUCAUUCCGGCCCAGGCACACUAAAAAGCACACUGGAGGAGUGAAGAGCUGCCCGCACUGGACCCCAGGGAGGCUGGAUGGGACUCAAAAAAUAAAAUUGGGUGAGUCUGUGUGUCAGUGAGCGUGUGAGUGUUUGACUGUCAGUGAGUGAGUGUCUGUGUGUGUCUGUCAGUGAGUGAGUGACACGAGGGGGCGGCAAAAUGGAUCUUUGCCUAGAGUGGCAGAAAUUCUUGCACUGGCCCUGCUAACUUGCCUGCUGCUGCGAUUGCUCAUGGCUGCACAGCCAGAUACAAAAGUGUAAAAAAAAUCUAUGUUUUGCACUGUCUGAGUACAGGGACAGCAUCUAUGCACCGACACAACUUCAUUAAGGUUUAGUGGUUUUGUAGAUUAGAUUGUCCCUUUAACUGACUGUCAUUUGUUUUUUUUUAAUCUCAGUGUCUUUACCAGGAGAUCUUAUUCUUUGUGCUUUUUUUUUUUUUUUUUGAAAAAGUAACUGUGCCUUUUUUUGAGCACAUAAAAAUGCUCAAGCACAGUAGUUCCUCUCUACAUACCCUAACAGCCGUCCAAUAUUUCUUCAUGCUCAUAGCUGGCUAGCUGGAAAAUCAACAUUGUGUGUAAAAUCAACAUUUUAAACUAUGACUACUGUAUUUGUAUUCACUAGGAGUUCAGAAAGUCACAGUAGGAAGUUAUUUUGGCUGACCUCAGCAUAGGUACCAGGGUUUCAUAAAUACUGUUUAUUACAGAAUAGAAAAAAAGAGCUUAAUUCGCUAAACAGACUUGUGAGUUGGCCAACUUUUGUAUUCUUACAUGUUGCAACCAAAAUUGUUAAAUCACUGUUUAGUGAGUAAAGGAACACGCCGAGCUCUGUAGCAACUAUAGCACACUGAGUUUAUCUCUAUCAGGCAGUCAGCACAGUCCUCUUUCAUGCUGUGUGCAUGGGUGUGCAGGGGGACGUAGGUAUGUUGUCGAUGAUCUUAAAGGGAUACUGUAGUACCAGGAAUACAAAGCUGUAUUCCUGGCACUACUGCUCCCCCUGCCUUCCCCCCUUCCUUCCCCCCCACCCCCCAUCUGUAAAUAAAAGGUUAAAAACCCUUUAUUUACUUACCUUUUCUCAGCACCGAUGUCCCUCAGCGCUUGGGCAAAGCUCCACCCCCUCCUCUGUCCCGUGACAAGCGGGGUCUAAUGCACAUGUGUGCCAAAUGCAGAGCGCGCCUUAGACCUUCCCAUAGGAAAACAUUGAAUCAAUUGAGACUUAGAGCUGCAAUGUAAACAUUGCUGGUCAGUGCACCCAGAACACUUCAAUUAGCUGAAGUGGUCUGUGUGCCUACAGUGUCCCUUUAAAUGGUUUGACAAAUUUCUCUGGGAGGGCACUUUGGCACCAUGACCACUACAGGGGUUGUUGUGGUUAUAGUGCUUGGAUUUUUCCCUUAAAGUACUUUUUAUUUUUUUUAUUUACCCGUUGUCUGCAACUUAAUAAAUAAUAACAAUGCAACAUGUCCAGAGUGAAAGUUGAUUUUCUUCGCCCCCAUAAUAUAUAUCUGUGCUGCUUGUUAGAACCAAAUAUUUUAUUUGACUUAAUCAGUUUUGGACUGAUAAUAUACUUACUAGUGCAACACAUAAAGAGUUCUAAAUGUGUAGACUAAAGCAUUCAAAGCAUAUUUUUUUUCUUAAUUUAAUAAAAAGAGCAUCUAAAUUAAUCUAUAAAAUGUAAGACAAUUCUACCUGAAAGGUGCACCUCAAAUAGUUCCCAAAAAACAAAUAUUUAGGAAGUGGGAAUCUGCAGUCAGAAACCUAUAUUUCCACAGCACCUUUUGGACCCUUGAAACUAUAUAUCCUGCAAUUGAAAAGUUCCUCCUUCAUAUCCAAUGAUGGGAAUUAUGGUCUUGAUUUAAUAAGUGGUAUAAAUGCCUGCACUACUGCUGAAUUCAGUUGUGUUUCGAAGUAAGUUUAAAGGUACAUCAUAUUUAAUAUCACAACUUGUAGGCUGGCUUCUGACAAUAACUGAACUCACCCAAUGGAUCAAUUUCCCUGCGGAAGUACCUAUAUGGUAAGGCACCCAGGAAAUAGCAGACAUAAGCCUAUAAAUUAUAGCUGCAGACGGAUAAACUUUCAGUGUUUAUAUCUAUAAACAGCCAAGACAUCAAAAAACACAAAAAUACACACGUGCUUAGUUCUACCAGACACUACAUAUGCCAAACAUCAACAUGCGCACCUGGAGCAGUGUAAUUGUGUUCUCUGGAGUGAUGGAUCAUGCUUCACUAUCUGGCAAUCUAUUGGAAGAAUCUGUAAUAAAAUGUUUCAUUCCGUUUCCAGUUUGGGUAAAGUCCAGCUAAGUGUGCUAAAUGUUUUGGGCUUUUGGGAAGAAAUGUACUAAAUGACGAACAGGCAGUUUCCAACCUGAAUGUUAUUAAAAAUGUCAGAAAUGGGACAAGAUUCAGGCAAAAAUAUGAUAUUGACAGCAAAUCUACACAAUUGGGAAAGAUUGUGCAAGUUGUUUUGCUGCUAAUAUUCAAUACUUUACCUGUCAUGAAUCAUUACUAAAGCCAAAUGGCCAAUGUUAGAACGUUUUCAUGUUAUGACUCCCUAACCCUCUGCUGCAAAGGAUUACUGAAGGCAUGGUCAAUCACCUGUAUUUUUUUACACAGAUGAGCAUCAUUCUGUACAGUAAUUCCAGCACUAACGAGCAAGGCGCCGUUAAUGUGCAUGAGAUCAUUUGCUGGAGAUUACGAGGAGCUGUUUGUGAGUCACUAACCAACGGUCAACACUCGAAUCCUUUUAACUUCACUAAUUUGCGUUCUUAUUUAACCAUGAAACAUUUUGAUCUAAGCAUUAGGCUGCAUCUGUUACAGCCUGUCACUUUCUGACCCGUGAUUAAUUCUGAAUUAGUCAUGCUGUGGGCAAUAUGUGAACUGUGUACUUGUAAGACUUUUAGGGGCAGAAACUCCUGAAUUAUAAUACACAAUUAAUUACACUCUCCAGUAUUUGUUUUUAAAAACUUUUGCAUUUUGCUAUAAUAUUUUAUGAUUCAUUUUUUUUAAACUUGCUUUGCAAGAACAACAAUGAUGGUAGAUAAAGCUAAAUGAUGAAUUAACUUUAUCAAAUUUGGUUACUUUCAUUCAACUCAAUUCUCUCCUGUUCAGAUUUAACUGUUUUCCUCUUCCAACUAAACUGAAUCCACAUUGAGCCAAACUGAUUCCCAUUAUGAGUAGUGAAAUGUGUUGCAUUCAGUUAAAUCAGCUAGACUGUGACAACCAUACUGCACUCACAUGGCAUUUGGCAUUUAGUGUAGAAACCAACAGUUUUAGAUCAAGCAUGUCAAACUCACGGCCCACAAUGAAUAUUUUUGCGGCCCGGCGAGCCGCGAGUUUGCCAUGCUUACUAAGGCAGACCAGCCACCUGCUCUCCUUACAUUGCAGGUGCUUACUCUGCCAAAAUUACCAGGAAGGUAGGAGAGGUCCCUUGCGGCAGUGAGGGAGGUCAGGCUUCCUGCUCCUCACUGCUCCCUCACACGCGCCCUCUGUGAUGCCGGGUGCCGGAAUAAGACGUCAUUCCGGCACCCUGCAUGACUAAACUAGUGAAGACUGAGGUAAGGAGAGAAGAUCAGGGAGAGGCCCCACACCAGCUACCAAAGGUAGGGAGCAAUAAAUAAAAUGGUGCAAGAAUGUGUAAAUGUGUGUGUCUGUCAGUGUGUGUGUGUGUGUGUGUGUGUGUAUGUCAGUCAGUCAGUGUGUGUAUGUCUGUCAGAGAGUGUGUGUGUGUGUCUGUCGGUGUUGCGAUGGCUGCAGCUGGACAGUGGAGGACCAGGAUGUGCGCGGAGGCACACAGCACCACGUCACAUUCUGACGUGACUUCAACAAGCUCCACCUUCACAGGUUUUCAAGGAGGAGCAGGAGGAUCCGUUUGGCCCAAGAUGCGGACGGCGCCAUUCUUGCGGGUAUAACAGAGGCUGGCUGAGAAAGGUGAUAGGGGCUGAGGGAGGGGGACAGGGGCUGACUAAGAGGACAGGGGCUGAGGAGGGGGAUAAAAAACAAAAACAAAAGUGUAUUCCCCCCUUCCAGUAACGGGUGGGCAGCAGCAACCAGCAUACAGCAGCAGUCAGUGAGUUCGGCCGGCCUCUCCUGAUGAUGUCAGGAGGAGGGGGCGUGGCUUCCUCUGCUCUUCCCCCAGACUCCCCAGAGGUCCUGUGAGAAGAGCAGUGAAAGUCACGCCCCCUCCUCCUGACAUCAUCAGGAGAGGCCGGCCAACUACACUGACUGCAGGCUGCAGGGAGAGAGAGGUAAGUUAAAAAUCAGAGUCCCCAGCCAGAGGCAGGGCCGGAGCCAGAAGCAGGGGGUUCAGAUUUAUUUUUAUUUAUUUUUUGAUGCAUGCGGGCGGUCCUGGGUUAAGGGCGACCUGGGGGGCAAUUGCCUCCCUGUCCCAGCCCGCCCCUGCAUUACAGUGCUUGGAGUGUUCCUUAAUGCUGGUGACAGAAAUAAAACUUAUAACCACUGACUGUCGCAGUUGAUGCAUUUCUUUUUUUUUCUGUGCUAAGUUCCCCAGCUCACGGUUCUUCUCCCUCUUUGUUUUAUUUUCUAAAAGUAUCAGUUUCAAUAGAAAUCAGCACUUUUAUAUAUGAACACUAAAACACCAUCCUGGCUGGCUGACAGAUGGAGGUUGUUUCUUCCUGGUUGUUUAGCCCUGUAGAGCGAUUACGUGGCCGAAACUGUUUGGUGAGCUGUAAUACAUCUAAUUGAAAGUCAGAUUGGACAACAAUGUGCACAUGCGACUGGUUGGCAAGGCUUCUCUAUAAGAAACCUUUGAUUGGAUACUCUGCAUCAAAAAACAAGCAUUUUGUCUUUGGGGUAUAUCUACUAAACUGUUAAAUAAGUUUUUUUCAUUGUGUGUUCCUUUAAACGUUUUUCAUGCUCUAUUUUCUUUUAAAUUAAUAUUAACAGAACUCUUUAAGCACCAUAACAACUACAGUGUGAUUGAAGGGAUGGGUGGCUGCACUUGUACUUUUGAAAGAUUGCAUGUAGAGGGCGCCACCCACUUGUGUUUUGUGUUUUUUGUAUUUGUAUUGAUUUGGUGGAAUUGAGUGAUUAAUUUCCCCAGAGGGAUUGGUGGCACCUUGUUAGCGCCAUUACAGGUUGCACAUUAUUUUUUCUAUACUGUCUGCAUGAUUGCUUGCCUUAAAGGACCUCCAUAUGGCUAUUUCUACAAUGCCAUUACAGAACCAUCAAACAAUAGUCUGGUCUUGCCAAUCCCAAUAAGAAAUGACAGCACUUUGUGAUGGCUGUCAUAUCCAAUGCAAAAAAAGUGUAUAAGUUGGGGCAAAGUUGGCAGCCAUCACCAACAGGUUAAUAAAAGCACAGUUUGAUUUAUUAUUAUAAUUUUAUUCAUCUCAUUAGCAAAUAUGAUAUAAACAAUUUGAGUGCUGAAGUGGUCAUCAAAGCAAUGCACACAAGAUUAAAGAUGCCAAAUUUUUAGAUAUUUGUAAAAAGUUGAUCUUCAUUUGAGUAAGCCAGGGAGUUUUUCGGUCUGUGAUUUACUUAGUGCAAUGAAUGUUUAUAUUCCUCCAAUUUAGAGAUGGGUCGGACCACUCCCAAGAGGCAGAGGCAUGAGUCAUUCUUCCACCCUUCUUUAACUCUUGCAUGCAAGUUGUGAAAUUCCUGAGGUUUGUUUUGGUCGUAUUUACCACAUUUUAUUGCUUUGUUGAAGGGAGAACUAAUUCAGUAAAUCUAUAGUGUAAUAAAUGCAUUUUGACCUUAUAACUGCAGAGUUUGGCAAACAGACAAAAUGGACACGAGAAAACUAUUAGAGCUCUGUGGGGUGCUCUGAAAAAAAUGAGUGAAAAUAUUUAAAAGUACUCGUGGUUCUAAAGGAUGCUGAUGCUGUUAUCCUUUUUUUUCCAGUGAAUUGUGCCUCUGAUUCAGUGAACCAUUAUAAAGUCUAAGCCCCCACCAGCUGUGAACCGCAAGCAUUACAUUUUUUACUUCUUUAUUUAUCAUCCUUUAUAUUCGCUGUGAGGAUAAAUCUUGGUGAGUGCACUUGUCUGAAUGGUCUCUAAUCAGAGAGUACUACUUGUUCUGUAAAAUGAAUACCGUAGUGUUAGGAAUACAAAUGUGUGCCCUGUCAGCCCUUUAGGUUCCUGACCCGCACCUGUAGGGUAACUUACCUCUUCUCCCUAACACCCUUAGACUCUGCUGACAUCUCACCUCUUUGACUGAGAUCUUCGAUCUUGCUUCCCAUAGGUAAGCAUUUUAGGAAAGAGCUGAUUGAAAUAGCAGCGUUUUACUCUGCUAUUUCAGCUAAAGCACCUCUAGUGGCUGGCUGUGAAAGUAGGCUUUUUUAUUUUUUAGAGGUUAGAUUUUAUUUGCUAUGCCAAGUAAAAUCAUAACUGCUUUUUAUUUGUUGUUUAUAACUUCCUUUUUUUUUUUGGAGAAGAAAAUGCUUGUUUCAGAUAUUUGUCAUUUAACUUUGGCAGGGAAGAGCCCACAUGCUUUAAAUUCUGGUGUAAUCUCUGUUUAUUUUGUGAGAAGGAUUUUGAAAUGUAUGUUUGUUUUCUUUGUCCCAGAACAGCCGAACCAGUGCCACUCCUAAACUAAUCCCAAAACCAAGAAACCCUCCUUAGCUCCUAACUAAUUUGUUUACAGCAUUAUUUAAUGUGAGGAGAAGAUUACAUUGUGUGUUUUAUUUAUUGCCACUUGCCAAUAACCAAGUAUAAUUGCUACAAUGUUUUCAAGAACUAAUUUCAGUGUCACAAAUGCACUUGCUUUAAUAAAACAUUGCAACAGUGUGUGUGUUUAUAUGUAUAUGUGUGUGUGUGUGUAUAUAUAUAUAUAUAUAUAUAUAUAUAUAUAUAUUUCCUAUUAUUAUUAUUAUUAUUAUUAUUAUUAUUAUUAUUAUUAUUAAAUACUUGUAUAUGAGAUCAGAUCUUCAUUCUUAAAAAGUAACUUACACCUUCCUUAUUAUUUAAAAUAUUGUCUUUUAUUAAAAGGUCUCUCAUAGGUAGGCAGGAGCAUUUUAUUUCUACCUUUACAAUUAAAAUACCUGUAGGUAUUCGGCAGUAGGAGCUGGAACCACAAAUAGUCAAAAUAAUCAAAAUGUUGAGGCUUAUCAACAGGGGCAUGCUGGGUGGUUUGCCUCUAUCUUUGUUGCAAAAAAAGAAGAAGAAAAUAAAAUUUGCAGGAGUGGGAAUGACUCAUAAUUAUGUGUUGGAAUAAAAGCAUGUUCUUUCUAUCAUGAUUAUACAUGCAGUUGCUAUUCCUCACGUUAUUGAUUGGUGGAGUUGUUGCCGAGAGGCUUGGCAACUAAUCAUGUGAAUAUUUUGGUUUGUGUAUAAUUUGUAUUUUGUUUUUUGUCAUUUGUAAAAAGUUUUUUAAAACACCCAUUUUCUGAUUAUAGACCCCCUCAGACACACUUUGACUACUCUAACUGGUUUUCUGAUGUGAUCCAUUGUCUUUGCAAGGGGGCUGUCAGAUCCUGCCUUACCUAAAAUACAGAUCUGCAUAUUAUCAUAGGACUGUCACUGGGCAACAUCAUCAGUUGGUGGACUUGGACCUGUUUUUAGUGUUUUUUUGUUUCCCAAAUACAUGUAUCGAUAGGUUUAUGGUUAUGAACAUCUCAAUGGGUCAGGAGUUGAGUAUUUUCGUCUAAGAGCACAGAACCAAAAAAAAGUCAGAAAGGACAGUGUCCCCACCAAUUUUAAACUUCGCUAACCACCACUGGGUGGAAAUAACAUGUAUGCCAUCACAUCAUUGCAUUAUCAUGACAUUCCAUAACAUGUUAUUAAAAAUGUCUACUCAUAUGCAGCUUGUGUACUACAUAUUGUAUAUUGAUCAAUAUCACUUCAGGUUGUGUUCUGACUGCUCCAGCAUCAAUAAAAUAUACUUCCAGUAUUCUGAAGGUUUAGUUUUCUUCUGAACAUCAUGACAUGCUGGAUGGAACACUGUUAAUUGUGGUCCUUGGCAUUGGUGAUCUACACAACAACAGAGAUCAGUAAGGCAGAACCAGCACAAAAUUCCAAAAGAUAAAAAAAAAAAAAGACGGUGUAGAUUGCGACAACGCCACCUAAGAUUACCAAAUGAUGUGGAGGGGAAGUUAGUUUUAAUUAUACUUUUGUGGGCACCACAUUUCAUUUUAUAGAAAUCAACGCUAAAUUGUUUGUAAUCAGCAUUACGCAUGUUAAGCAUUCCUAAAUGGUCAGUAUUGUCAGAACGAAGUUUAUUGUAAUGAGUGUUAUACAGAAGUAUACAGUGCACUUAUGUUAUGCUUAAGGAGUACUUCACAAUUCGUAGCCGUUAGGACAAGAUGGCUCCUAAGAAAUGGCAUCUUACAGGUUUUUAUAGGAUGAAGUUUAUUUAUUUGAACAUCUAAUUCUAAGACAUGUUGAACGUUCACCUACUUGUACUGAAAUAGUCUGUGUUGUUAGUUUAGAAUUUUAUAGUUUUUUUUUUUUUUUCUUUUUUCUUGCAGGUGACUCAGGGCAAGGAAUAAAGUCAUGGAUCAGGGAAAUCUUAAAGCAAGAUCUUGCGUUUGAACACAUAAAGGUUAUAUUCCCAACCGCUCCAUCCCAGUAAGUUUCAUCAGUAACAUUGUAUUUACUUUGGUUUUAUAAUGGUAUGUUCUAAAAGUUGUACAUUUUUGUUUUCUUUUUUAAAGCCACAAAUGAUCAAAUAUGACAGAAAAACUUACUUUUUGGUACCAUUUGGCUACUACAAUAAAUUAGUUUAAAUUAAAUACUUAAAUCUCUACACUCAAUCCUCUGCCAAAUUAAAAUGAGAAAAAAAAGGUAACAGUGACCACUAAUCACUUGAGAUCGAUCUUAUAAUGAAGCCCCUCUUUAUAUAAUUAAAGGAGAUGCUAAUUUUUUUUUUCCUCAUUCCACUUAGUUGUUUUGUAAAUCAUAAACAUGCCUCAUUGCAGGGGAUCAAGUUUGUGAUGUAUAUUAAAGCAUACUACAGCCAGGGCCGGUGUUCCAUCAAAGUUCCCUACUUGUGAAAAUCCCCUACCUUCGUCACUUCCGGUGAGGGAAAUCCGCUGGAUCCUGUGCUGCACAUGCGUGCUAGCACACCUGCUACUCUUCCAGAGCAAGGUCCCGGAAGGUAAGUAAAGCUAGUUUUACACUUUCAUUAUAGUUAGUGCAUUCACUAAGCUUAGGCACACGGGACAUUUAGGGUGAAGUGAGAGUUCAAAUUAGGGUUAGGUAAGUUAUUUUAAACUCUCUCACACUCUUUUCUAACCCUAACCGUUGGGGUAAGGGUUAAAAUAAAGUGUGAAAAAUCCCUUAACCUAACUCUAAUUUUAACCCUGACAUCACCCCUAAAUGUCCCAUGUCCUAAGCUUAGUGAAUGCACUAACUAUAAUGAAAGUGUAAAACUAGCUUUACUUACCUUCCAGGACCUUGCUGUGGAAGAGUAGCAGGUGUGCUAGCACGCAUGUGCAGCACAGGAUCAAACAGAUUUCCCUCACCGGCCAGGGAUUUUGAUGGAACACUGGCCCAAGACAGUGUGCUGCUUGGGUCCAAAACCACACCCACCAAAACAUGCCCACAUCCGUCAUGUUACAUCAUGAUAAUUAAACUUAAAGGGAUACUAUAGUCACCAGAACCACUACAGCUUAAUACAAUGGUUCUGGUGUCUAUAGCCUGUCCCUGAAUGCUUUUUAAAAAGCAUUCAGCGAGCCACUAGAGGUGCUUCCAGGGUCAAUUGAUUUUAUGCAUCUCUUUGAGAAGAUGCUAACUGGGACAGCGUGGCAUUUUGCCGCACAUGCACAAUAGCCUCCCAAUGCUUUCCUAUGGAAAAGCAUUGCAUUGGUUGAGACAAUCCAAGGAGGCAGAGGACUUCAAGCAAAAACUACUUGGAAAUAAGUCAUUAAACUUCACAUGUAUCAUAUUAAAGCAAGGCUAACACCUUAAAAAUAAGUAUUGUAGUACUAUGAAGUGCCUAGUAAUGUUGCACUUAAGGUGUAGCAAAAAGUAGAAUGCUUUGUCAUAAUCUAUUGACCAUAUAUUUGCAGUUCUCUAAUCAAAGAGAAUGUCAGAUUAAUAACAGAAAUUGAUGUAUCAGAAACAAUGUGAUACACUGAUGCACUGCCUUCCAAUGAAGUAACAAAAUCUCUGAAAUUUAAAUGGUAAAUUGUGAAUUAAAGCAAAAACAAAGUUCUAAACUGCAUAUUUGACAGCAAUAGGACAUGGAGCAGUUACUUCUUCAGAGUGUCUCAGAGUGAGCAAAGUAAAACGAUUCCACCAGAGAACAGUUGCAAAGUAUAGGAAAAUUUGUGUCCUGCACUAUUUCACUUCCCCUUUAAUUAACUAUUAUCUUUAAAACUUACAGUAACUUCUCCAGAGUAUCUCAGAGUGAAGCAGUGUUAAACAAUUCUACCAGAGAACAGUUGCAAAGUACAGGAAAGAUUGUGCCCUGCACUAUUACACUUCCCCUUGAAUGAACAGGAGUAUCAGUAAUCCAGUUAAUUCAGACAGUUUUACUGAGCCUAGCCACUAUCUCCGAGAUAGACCAGAUAUAACUACUGAUAAGUAUAACUUUGUGAAAGUGCUUUCAUGACUUAAUGUUAGAAGGGUUAUCCCUUUAUUAUUAGGAGUUCCUGGAUUGUCCUCUGAGAGAUCACUUAUAUUAUGAAACUCUUUUUCAUGUUCUUUUAGUAACACACACACAAACUGCUAAAGUCACACGCAAACUGCCUAAUAUGUGUGUGCGCGCGCACGCACACACACACACACUCUCAUUCACAACAGACAUACACUGUAUAAUGCAUACACAAACAAAUUACCUAAUACACACACUCACACUAAGCAGCCCUCCCUCAUUUCUUAUCUACUUACUGGGGGGCCGAAAGCACAGAAAGGAGCACAUUGUAGGUACCGAGCAGCUCCUGGAAGUUGCUCCUUCGCGGGGUCCUGAUCUUAAGAAGGUAUGGGCUGUCCAUAUCCUGCCUGCUCCUCACUCAAACCCCACCCAUAUGUGCUCGUGUGGGGGCGCUCCAGACAGACCGUAAACCUGCUGAGAGUGCCCACUCUACCUAACUGAAGCUGGCAACAUAGAAAUCAGACGUUUGCUCAUGGGAGUAGUGUGAUACACACAGUAUAAGGACUUGCAGGUGGAGCAAAAUGUCACCUCUGUAAAAGUGCCGCCUGGAGUCAUGGUCCCACUGGGACCUAUGCACAGGCCGGCCCUGACUACAGCCAAAGGUCCCAAGCACAUUGCAUCUGAGAGAGCAGCAUAUGAAGAAAAUAACUAUUCAUGUAUUAUGUAAAUGAUGAAAGCUGAUUGUUUGUUGCAGGAAUAUAACAAGGCUACUAACCUAGCUCUCAUUGUUUCCUGUUUCCACACAUCCCACGUGUCUCUAAACAGUGUUUGACUUAUUGAACAAAAUAUUGACUGUGUUUGCAUGCUUAAUUACAACUGGCUAUCUUUUCAAUUGAACCAUAAAUGUUCACUUGGUUAAUGCACCUGCUAUAAUUUCUGUUCAAACCUCAGUUGCACAGAUCCCAUUCCUUCAGGUUUCAUUCCAACUGAAUGUUAAUUAACCCCUUAAGGACCAAACUUCUGAAAUAAAAGGGAAUCAUGACAUGUCACACAUAUCAUGUGUCCUUAAGGGGUUAAAGGAAGUAUCAUCACUUCAGUCACAUCCACAGAGUAACUGAUAAGAAGAAACCCUAAACCGCAUGCAAAGGUGUCCACCUGAGUAUGGCUUAUCAAAUACAGUAAUAUUAUAGGUCAGCAAAGGGAAAUUGAAACCCUCAUUGCCCAGACAUCCACAGAUGCCUCACAUAGCAGAUAUCCGAUAAUAAUAAUUUAAUCAGGUCCUGACUGGAAUAUAGAGACGCAAUUUUUUUUUUUUUUCAAUCUGUUUCUGGGCAAAGAAUUAAUCAGUUCAAAAUCUAACUUUGUAUAGCCUUUGUUAAAGGGAUUGUUUUAAUAAAAUGUUACCAUUUAUUUUUAAUCCAUGAAAAAUAUUGACAAAAAAUAAAUUAAACAUUUUAAAAACCAAAACAACUAUUUACACACUAGGAUGGGACACUUCAAUCAGAAUCGUUCACUGAUCUUAUUCCAUAAUCUCUGUCCAUCAAUAGUUUAUUUCCAAGGAGCAGUGCCAUUCAUUACUUGCAUUUUGUUUUACUAUUACCAAAGGAGAGGAGGCAAAGUGAUUGACAUAUAUUAGUUAAAACGCCUUAAAAGCUGCUGGACUGUUUUAAAGAGCAGGUAGUAGGAAAUAUGUAAAAGCACCAAGGUAUGUAUUGUAGCAUUCCUCUUACAUAUGUUAAGAACUACAAACUUUACAUGUGGGUGAUGCUAAAACCGUUGUGUACAUUGUUAAAACACAUUUUGCACCAAUGUGUUUGACCUAGUAUUAAAAACGUACUCUUUCUUUCAGUAUUAAUAUAAAUUCUUGAGUCAAACCAGCACUAUUUCUGGUUCUUUUCUUCCCAAAAGUGAGGAAAGAAAAGUCAACAUAUUGGGUUUUUUAGACCGACAUUAGUUUUUGGUAUUAGCACUUACUGUUACGAAAUGCCGUGUCUUACUUCCAGCUGCCUGCAUCAGCGUUGUACAAAAUAUGCAGGCACUGGUGGGAGCUGAAAUGGGAUGUUGGCCACGGGUUUCCCUUAUGACUUUUAUUGCUGGUAAGAGCCAGAGGGCCAUAAAAGUGUGAACUCAAGGCCAAAAACUGCCAGUAACUUGCAAAAAUGGUCUAAGCCAAAUUCCUAUAUCCAGUUACCAGCAAGAGAGAUAUUAAUCACUCAAUUUACUCUAAAGAACACAGAAUGGUGUUGCUUAGCUGUUUUUACCGUAGACACAUGGCACAGACAUUAUAAAGUGCGUAGAACCUCUAACUGAGAAUUCAAUGCAUUUGAAAUUACAUUUUGUCCAAACAUGCUACAUAUUGUUGCCAAUAAUGUUGAGGUUUAUCAACAUAUGUCUGGAAGUAUAAUCCAGAUAUUUUGGGAAGGUUAUAAUCCACAAUUUAUACCACAACUUUGUUUAAACUGUUUUUGUUUAAAUGUUCUUAUAGUUUAUUAAUAAUUAGAAUUCUUCAGUAUUUAAAUGUUUUCAUUUUUUUAAAGACUUAAUGUGAUGACCAUUUUAACAUAACCUACAGGAGUUGUAUUUUCCAUAAUGACUGUAAAUCUGUUGACAAAUCAUUGUUGGAAUUGUUGUUGAACAAAUGUGUUCUGUUUUAUAAUAGUUGUUAAAAACAUUUAAAAAAUACACACAAAAAAAAAACCAUAGUACUGUAUUAGAAAACUGAUAUUAACACUGGACGGGGGCAAUAAACAGGCCCAAGCACAUUCUGCACUUUUCUCCAAAUGUACCAUAGUCCCAGGCACAUUUUGCACCCCUAUUUUACCUUUCCUCAGUGAUGUACUAGGGAUGAGUAUAUUGUUUGUUUUUUUGUUUUUUUUAACAAUCUACUCCUAGAGCUAUAAAUUACAGUGGUGCUUGAUCAACACCAUAUUAUACCUCCCUAAAUUAGGAAAUAUGAAAUUGGGACAGGGUGGGCAGCCCACUAUGGAUGUUUGGUUGCUUGUGACACCUUUCACAUUACUAAUUGCCUGUAAAGGGAUGGAUUGGAUCCAAAAGGGAGGUGUGUUUACCUGGCAUAAAUAUGCACCAGACUGACCACUCAUGGCUGCCGAUGGGCAGAGUGCUCUUCCCAUUGUCAGUUUGCAAAGCACGAGUUUAUCAAAUGAUGCAUUCACACUGAGCUUUCUGGGAAGCUGGUCCCAAGUGUGCCUACAAAACACGGCACCAGAGACCAAAUGCAUCCAAAAUUCUGUUCUGUCCUGCCUAAAGCAGGACGGUUGGGAGGGAACGCCAUAUAUGGGAACUGUAGGUGCCUAUGCUGUUUCCUGCACCAUCUUCUGUGAUCAUGUAGUUUCAGCUAAUAUUGUGAAGCCUUGUAUGGUAGCAGAGGCAUAACUAGAAUCCACCAGGUCCCAGUUGCGAAAAUUGCCAUGGGCUGCUCUAUCCCAUGUGUCUCAUUCCCGCCCCCCCUCUGCCGUUGUCUCACUCACUCUCCCUUCACCGGUGCCUCAUUCCCCCUGGUGUCUCAUUCCCUCGACCCCAAAGCCCCUCCAUGUGUCCCAUUCCCUCUGCCCCACAGCCCCUCCAUGGGUCCCAUUCCCUCAGCCCCUCCAUGUUUACCAUACCCUCCUUCCUCCCAGCCCCUCCAUGUGUCCAAUUUCUCCCUCUCUCCCCCUCUCCUCCAUGUGUCCCAUUCCUCCCUCCCUCUCUCCCCCUCCUCUCCAUGUGUUCCAUUCCUCCCUUUCUCCUCCCUUUAUUCCCUGUGUCCCAUUCUUCCCUCUCUCCUCCUCCCCUCCCUUCCAUGUGUCCAAUACCCUCCCUCUCCCCCCCAUGUGUCCCAUACCCUCCCUCUCCCCCAUGUGUCCCAUUCCUACCCCUCCCCCCCCCUCCUGUACCUGGUUGGCCGCGGUUCCCGGUUUAACAGGAAGUGCUCUCAAAGUGAGCACUUCCUGUCAGACUGCUCGGCCACACUACACCCUGUUCCAAAUUAUUAUGCAAAUUAUAUUUUUCUCAUUUACCUAAAUAAUUGAUGUUAAUAACAGUCAGUAUAAUUCUCAUGUUAUCAACUAUUAAGAGUACAAUUCAAAUUUUAUUUAACAAACCUCCUAAUGAUAACAGUAUUUCUUUUAAACAUAAAAAAACUUGCACUGCACUGUUCCAAAUUAUUACGCACAUUAAGUUUGAAAACACUUUAUAGGUUGUAAAGAACUGAAAAUUGUCAUUUGUUGUGUUUGCAGCAUAUUUACUGAAAUCAAAAGCUAUUUCAAUCAAACUUAUAACAACAUUUUAACUUUUUAAACAUUUUAACAGGUCACGUUACAUUUAACAUAGGACCCCUUAUUUGAUAGCAGCUUCACAAGUCUUGCAUCCAUUGAACUUGUGAGUUUUUGACAGUUUCUGCAUGAAUUUGUUUGGAAGAUGUCAGAAUAGCCUCCCAGAGCUGCUGUUUGGAUGUAAACUGCCUCCCACCCUCAUAGAUCUUUUGCUUGAGGAUGCUCCAAAGGUUCUCAAUAGGACUGAGGUCAGGGUAGGAUGGAGGCCACACCAUGACUUAAAAACUGCAACCUGAGAUACCUGAGAUCUGUUCAGAAAGCAGCACAAUUAUUUGUAGCUGUAUGAAAGAGCAAACUGUGGCUAGGCAGUAAAUAACUCUGCAUGGUUCUAUGAUGUAAAUGGCAAAAUGGAGAGCUCUAUUGAUCUCCUCAGUUGGCCGUUGACUGACUGACAUAACCCGCCACUUAUUAAAAAUGAUUAUAUCUUUUCUGACUAUAUUCAGAAAAAAAGAAAAGCAUGGCCACUGAUUUUCAGUAGGACCAGAAGUGCAAAAUGUAAUCAGGCUUCUUUUAUUGACUUUCUGUUGUCCCCUGUCACUCUUAACUGACACAAAGGCCUAGCAAGUGCAAAGUAAUAUCAAACAAAAUAAAAAUGUCCCUCUCUCCUUUAAAGGUAUUGCUUAAUUCUCUACCUUAUUAUGUAUUUGUCCACCUUGGCUCAAUUUGUAAGCAGUCUAUUUAUUAAGGAGUCUAUAUCUUUUAAUUUGAUUAAAUGCUCCUGUAGUGGUUAUAGUGCUAGGAGUGCUAUGGCACAUGCCAUUGUAAGUAGUCCGUUUUAGAACUGUUUGAUGUUUGUAUCUUGGGGUUUGCCAGGUGUCACUCACUUCUUCCUCCUGCAGGCUUUAUGGAACCUGAAGCUUUAGCAGUGUUAGUAGAGAUGUCCCUUGGCACUUCCUCUAAAGUCAGCCAAUGGGUGGAAACAAAUGUGUUUUCGCUUGGCAAGCACUGUGCGCUAUAAACCUUCCCUAUAGGAAUGCAUUGACUCUAUUAUUUCCUAUGGGGUUUUUCGACACGCUCAUGCAAAGUGUAAGGACGCCCAGAGUCGUUUCACUGAGUGAAAAUCCAUGAAACUUCAGAAAGCACCUCUAGUGGCUGUCUGAUAGACAGCCACUAAAGGCAGUCUUAACACUGCAAUGUAAACAUUGUAGUUUUUCUAACAUUGCAGGGUUAAGGGAAGAGGGACACUGCACCCAGACUACUUCAAUGAGCUUAAGUGGUCUGGGUGCCACUGCCAAUAGUGUCUCUUUAAAGGGACACUCCAGGCACCCAGACCACUUCUGCCCAUUGGAGUGGUCUGGGUGCCAACUCCCAAUACUCUUAACCCUGCAAGUGUAAUUAUUGCAGUUUUUUAUAAACUGCAAUAAAUACCUUGCAGGGUUAACUCCACCUCUAGUGGCUGUCUACUAGACAGCCACUAGAAGGCACUAUCUGCUCUAUAGCACAGAAAACCUGUGCUAGAGCGUCGCUGGACGUCCUCACACUGUGUGAGGAUCUCCAGCGUCGCUCAGUUCCCCAUAGGAAAGCAUUGAAAAGCAUUUUCAAUGCUUUCCUAUGGGGAGCUCUAAUGCGCAUGUGCGGCAUUGCCGUGCAUGCGCUUUAGGUCUCCUCAGCUGGUGGGCGGGAUCAGUCUCGCCCACCGGCUGACGUAAUGCCUGGGAGGAGCGUCGGCGAGAAGAAACCACCGCAGAGGGACAGGGUCUCAGGUAGGUGAUCUGAAGGGGUUUUCACCACUUCAGCUACCGGGGGAUGGGAGGUGGGAGGGAGAGGGGACCUGCAGUGCCAGGAAAAUUGAUUGUUUCCCUUUAAAUAGCAUUUUUAUAAUUCUUCAUAAAAUGUUUCUUCCUUUUGAGAGAAGAAAUAUAAAUAUUUAAUUUGAGACCCUUGAUUUAUAGCACUAAGAAGAUAUUCUGCAGCACUGUACAGUAUGUGGACUAACAAAUAAAUAGUUACAAGACAGUUUAGGUGUACAGAAACAGAAGGUGCUGGGGGCCCUGCUCAAACAAGCUAACAUUCUAAUGGAGUAAAAUGACACAGGAGGUAAGAGUAACAUGUUUUCAUACGUGUUGGUUUCUAGAAACAUUUACAAUAAAGAUUUUUUUAUUUUUUUUAGAUUACAUCGUGCCCAUAGCUGAGCUAGAUUUUUAAAUUUUAUUUUAUUUUUCUAAUCCGCUAUUUUUGUCUAAAUUUUUCAAUUCUGUUUUCACAAGGGUAUAAUUCAAUGUUUAACAUUUUCUAUGUAGAAAUCUGACCUUAAGGAUCUUAUUUGACUUGCAUUACCUAAAUGGUGAUUAAAUGUAUGACAAACUAUCAGUUUGUUUAGAGAAAAAAAAAUUGCACAAAAUAUGAACAGUUUCUAAUGGUACUUUUCUUAAAAAAAAAAAAAAAAAAUUCUGAACACAUAAUCUUUGUCUUUGACCGAUUUCCCCCACUCAGAACAAGCUGAACAAUCCCAACUGUGACUGGGAUUCAUGAUCCUAAGCUUCGUUUACAUUUGAGGUUUUUAGAAGAAUUUUUGGCUGUACAGUUACUGAUUUGUACGAAGAUCUUUUUCUCACCAACCAAGAGUCUUCUUUCAGCAAAAUAUACUACAUUACUGUUUUUCUAGAAUUGCAAAAUGUUGUUGAUUGACUAAAAAUAGCAUUAUUAAUGCACACUAUUAAGUGUACAUGAUAUUGCUAGUCUUGAAGAACCUAAAAUAAAUCUUUGCAGAAGUGAGGUUAUUCCAUUUACAGCACUGUAGGAAGUCUGAUCUAUUUGUCCUUACUUAACUGUCAAGGUAAUAUUAUAAGGACAUUUUAUUUAAAAUCAUAUUGUAUUAUAAUUAAAAAGUGGACAAUGCUGACAAAUAUAAUAACGAAUGGUGCUAAAUAAGAGGAAUUAAAAUAAAUUGGCUUUCGGCCAAGGGCAUCCUGAAUUUUUGGUUUCGGCCCAGAAUUUUCAUUUUGGUGCAUCCCUGACAGUAACAUAAUCUAUGGAAUAAACGUAACAUACAAAGUAUUAAAAAAAAUGUAUAACCGCUAUAUGUCGAAGUACCAACAGCCACUCAAAAAGUGUGCCCUCCAAACACCAAACUAGAAAUUAAACAUACAAACAAGUAGGGUGUUGUAACAAAAAGUCUUCUCAAAAUUGGAGAUUAUACCACUUUAAUAGAUAAACCAGAAGAAAAUCCAGAUAUCUAGAAAGGAAACGAGAUCAACAAAGGGUAAUAUAGUUUAAAAAGUGUCAGCCUGCAGUCUACAGAUUACACUCUCGAGAGGUAAGAUGAAUUCAAAACAAUCAUGUAAAUUCCAACAGGAAAGUAGUGUACAAGUCUGAGGAAACAUGUAUCUUUAUAAUUUGCAAUGGAAACAAAAGGCAAAAGAUAGUGCAGAUUGGAAAAAUACAAAGAUUGUAUUUACAGAAAAGUAGUUAAAAUUCAGCAUGUCUCUGGAUAUAGCAGAUCUAUGUGAAGUGGAGUCCCGGGACAAACAAGCCCAAAGAGUCUUUUGAGGUUAAUGCUAUGCUUUUCAUCUGUGAAGACAAAACGCGUAGGAUCCUGAAGAAGUCUUCACAGACUUUUUGUUUAAUUAAACGUAACAUUUCACUUUAAAGCAUCCAGAAAUUAGCAACAAUUAAUAUUAUCUUCUAACCCCUCUCCUUUGUGUCUCAUAGACCUUCAUCAUAGACUCUCUCUCCACUUUUUUGCUAACUACUGAUAGACUUUAUUCAUGCUCACCAAAAAUAUAAUUUGUAAAAGCAAGGAAAAUUUGAUUUUAGAGAUUAGACAGAUUUUUUAAACCUUAUAAUAUCCACAAGAAAUGCAGCAGUGAUUUUCCUCAAGUGCAUUUCUUAUUUCUUGAGGGAAAAAGCAUGUAACCCUUGCAUGCAAAUGGACUGUGUAUGCCAGACACACAGCCUUCUCUGAGUUGUUUUAAAAUGUGAGAACUGUUUGUCAUGACGGUUUCUGAUCAAUGUACAUUUACUAGGCAGUAAAGAUGCAUGAACCAUCACCCAUGUAAUGAAUGGUGUUCAGAAUAAGCUUUAUGCACAUUGGUGAUGCUGUCCUGCAGCUCUUCUGUUAGCAAAAUCCACACAUUUUUCACACAAAAGUGGACAUUGUGAGCAAAACUUUUUAAACUGAUCACAAAACACGUGAAUUUCUCAUAAGUUGUUUUGCUGCUUAGAGAAUCCUUUUAAAACGAUACAUCUCUGCAUUAGGACACUCGGAUUUUACAUAGUUACAUAGGCUUUGUCAAACAUGUUUUUUUCUGUUAAUUUAAAAACUUUUCUUAUAGAAUUGUUGAAUAUUGCAUAUACCUAUACUUUUUUUUUAGCAAAGCACUGACCUAUUUCAAAGCAUUUAAAACAAUAAUACAUUUUUUGGGUGAUAAAAUUUGGUUGCUAAACUUUUAAACACAUUUCUACUCUACCCCUCAACUCCCCCAUGCUCCUCCUGGCUGUAAAUACCUUCAUAUAACUGUUCUAUCUCCAUCUCUAUUCUUCAGGCCUCAUCUCACACUCCUACUCACUCAUAGGAACAGCGAUUGUGAUUUUUUUUUUCUCUCCAAUUACCGCCCACCCACCCCAACUUCCCGCCCACCCAGGUUCCCCCUAAAUAUAUAGCAUGCUCCUCCAGCUGUUUGAGAUUCUCACUCAAUUACCUCUUCAUUCCCUUUACAUUUUACAAAUAGCUGCUUCUCUCUGUUAUCUCUUUUAGCCAUCACCUCCACAUUUCCCCUGCUACCUUUUGUCUCAAAUCCCCACGUUAUCCUUUAGAUUGUAAGCUCUUGGGCUAUCUAGCUAAGCACUUUGUAUCAAAGAGCUUUGAUGGCUAGUCAUCAUCUUACGGGCAGGGCUCUCUCUACCUCUUGUAUUUGUCUGUGCAUAUUGUACGUUUUCUCCACUAAUUGUACAGCGCUGCGAAAUCUGUUGCCACUUUAUAAAUACCAGUAAUAAAUUAAUAAAACAUCCAUAUGUUGAUACUGUACAAGGUGACUUGCAAGUAUACGAAACAAAGAGGACUAUCCAAACAUGAGCCAUAAGAGUUCACAGGUAUGUAUUUAUUUGUGUGAGAUACUUUAUAAAGUAGGUCACUGAGGGUCAUUACUUUUCCCCCAAGCUGAUCGAGUUUUUCUUUCUAAUUAAAGACUUAUCAGUCAUCGUGUAGUUAUCAAGUAGCAUAUCUUCCCCCAGGUUAUUUUUAUUUUGGAUAUUUUGUGCAAAACUCUUUUGUACUGCAGAUAUAUUGGAAAAAUUAUACUUGGCUCAUAUUUUUGUGUUAUAAGCUGAAACCACACAUGGUAACUGCAUCUGAGGCCUUGUACCCAAUAAACAGUGUGGUCCUGUGUUGACAUAAAACAGAUCCUCUUAAGUAAUGCCUGCUACAGUUUGGUACCAGUGCACAAACAAAGAAGGUUUGUCAAGACAUGCCUGUUUUUAUGGCAUGAAAUGUAAAUAAUGGGAGCUUGUGUUGUCAUAAGAAAACUGAAUUUAUGUUUUGUUUCUUUUUUUUGUUUUUUUUCCAGUCUCUCUUUCCCCUAUAUUGAAAACAUAUGCAAUUACCCUUUGAAAACCUGUUUUAGGUAGCCAAGGUAAAAAAUGAUCUGUAUCAGAAUAAAACAGCCAAGGGGUGAUAUUAUCAAUUUUAACUCCGAACAUGCAUAGCCAGUCACAGGGUGUAAGUCUAUUGCAUUAGUGGUUCAUUUUUCUAUUAUUUUAUAACCUUUCAUUAUUUGUUCUGUUAAAACAUAUCUAGAAUACUAUUCGGUUCAUUUUUAUGAUCACUGGGCUCUGCUUGGACCAAUGUGUGUUGUAGGGCAGGAUGGUCAUCAUAUUGUGAUAUUAAGAUUACGCAACAGAAAUGCAAUUGCACGAUACAGAGCUCUCCGAGUGCACUUUAUAUUGUGAACACUGAGGCUAGGGGUGACAUAAGAUUAUGGCGUUUAGAAUUGGAACCUUGGGAUUAGGGGUAGUUUAUAUGAGAUGAAUUGAGAAAGGACUUAAAGGGCUGAUGUCACCUCAAGAGUAUUUUAAUGUAAUAAUCAUUGAAUCAAAAUUUGAAAGGAAAAAUAUUUUUUAAAUUAAAGGACCACUAUAAGCACCUAGACCUCUUCAGCUCAAUGGGUGCUCUAGUUUUAACCCUGCAGCUGUAAACAUAGCAGUUUCACAGUGAGAAGACGCUGCCGUCCAUAGGAAAGCAUUGAGAAAUGCUUUCCUAUGCACUGACUGAAUGCGCGUGCGGCUGAUGACGUCGGAAGAGGGAGGAGAGUCCGGUGCUGGAGAAUGGGGGCCAUGAGGGUGGGGGGGACCUAACAACACUAUAGUGCCAGGAAAAAUAGUUUGUUUUCCUAGCACUAUAGUGGUCCUUUAAGUAUAUCUAAAAAGCGCAUCCCUGUCUUUAGUAAAUACUGAUCAGCCACAACAUUAAAAAACCACAGACGGGUCAAGUGAACAACAUUGAUUAUAUUGUUAAAAUGGCACCUGUCAAGGGGUGGGAUAUAUUAGGCAGCAAGUGAACAGUCAGUUCUUGAAUUUCAUGUGUUGGAAGCAGGACAAAUGGGCAAGAGAAAAGAUCUUAGUGACCAUGACUAGAAGUGAUGGCUAGAUGACUGGGUCAGAGCAUCUUCAAACGCUAAGUCUUGUCGGUUGCUCCUGGUAUGGAGUGAUAAGUAUCUACCAAAAGUGGUGCAAGGAAGGACAACCAGUGAACCGGUGCCAGGUUCAUAGGGGCCAAAGGCUCAUUGAUGCACAUGGGGAGCCUAUUUGGUCCAAUUGCACAGAAGAACUAUUGUAGCUCAAAUUGCUGAGAAAAAUAAUGCUCACCAUAAAAGAAGGUGUCAGAACACAAAGUUUGCUGCAUUUUGGGCUGCGUAGCUACAGACUGGUCAGAAUGACCAUGUUGACCCCUGUCCACUGCCAAUAGCACCUUCAAUGGGGACGUGAGCAGCAGAACUGGACCACGAGGCAAUGGAAGAAGGUUGCUUGGUCUACUGAAUCAGGUCGAUGGUCAGGUGCAUGUGCGUUGUUUAUCUGGGGCAGAGAUAUUAGCAGGAUGCAUUAUGGGAAAAUGCAGACUGGCGGAUUCAGUGUUAUGCUCUGGGUAAUGUUCUGCUGAGAAACCUUGGGUUCUAUCAUUCAUGCGGAUGUUACUUUAACACGUACCACCUAUCUAGUGAUUGUUGCAGACAAUGUACAUUUUUUAAUGGCAGUGGCCUCUUUCAGUAGGAUAAUGCACCCUACCACACUGCAAAAAUUGUUCCGGAAAGCUUUGAGGAACAUGACAAAGAGUUCAAGAUGUUGCCAUUGCCUCCAAAUUCAUCAGAUCUCAAUCUGACUGAGCAUCUGUGGGAUGUGCUGGAAAACAAAUUCAAUCCAUGGAGGCUCCACCUCACAACUUGCAGGAUUUAAAUAAUCUGCUGCUAAUGUUUUGGUGCCAGUAAAAUAAACCAUGAAGAUUCUGGUCAUGUUAGUGUGCACGGACCGUGGCUCCAUCUCCAGCCAACAAUAGUAUCUAUUGGUACCUCGUACCACAGGACAUAUUCAGAGGUCUUGUGGAGUCAUGCCUCAACAAAUCAUCUUUUGGCAGCACAAUGGGGACCUAUACGAUAUCAGGCAGAUAGUUUUAAUGUUCUGGCUGAUCAGCCUUAAGCUAUAUACAUGCAUCUUAGGUCAAACAGUGUUUGAAAGCCAACUGUUGGUCUCUAUGAUCUUCCCUGCUUCUCUCCCUGCAUAGAAGCAGGAAAGACUAUAGAAACUAUUGAUUUUAAAACAUGCUCUGACCCAAAACCCCUGUUUUCUGCUUUCAACACAUGAAAUUCAGAAGCUGACUGUUUACUGGUUAACAGAUCCCACCCCUGCCAUUGUAACAAUAUAAUCAAUGUUAUUAAUUUCACCAGUCAGCAUGAGCUUCCACAGGGGGUGGCACCCCCACCCCCUGCACCCCCCUGGAUUUUUCAGCUUGUUCUGCUAAGUUUCGUGUGAGAUUGAAAAUACAGUAUGGAAAGAGACGGGGAUAGGAAGCUGCAUCUUAUCCCUGCUUCUCUCUGACUGAAUCCGCAGGGAAGCAUCACUGAGUGCAGUCAGCAACUGCAGAGACUGCCUACAGAUCAGGGAAGUGAGGCAUAUUGGGGGCAGAGAGAGCCUACAGAUCAGGGAAGUGUGGCAUAUUGGGGGCAGAGAGAGCCUACAGAUCAGGGAAGUGAAGACCAGGAAGGUAAAGUAAGGGAAGGAGAAGGAAUAGAAAUGAGCAGGAAGGGACAGCAAGGAGCUGGAAGGUAAAGCAGCACAAAGGUAAAGUAGAAGAAGCAGAAUAGGGUCAGCAAGGAGCAGGAAGGGACAGAAGGAGCACAAAGGUGAAGUAGGAGAAGGAACAGAAAUGAACAGGAAGGGUCUGUAAGGAGAAGUAAGGGUCUGCAAAGAGCAGAAAGAAUCAGAAGGAGCACAAAGGUAAAGUAGGAGAAGGAGCAGAAAAGGGUAGCAAGGAGCAGAAAGGGACAGCAAGGAGCACAAAGGUAAAGUAGGAGAAAAGGGCAGAAAGGGACCAGAGAGAAAGGGGAGCAGAAUGGGGAACACAAUAAGCAGAAAGUAACAGAAAGGUAAAGGAGCAGAGAAGACUGUUUGUUUCAGAAGAAAAAGAAGACUGUGUCAAAUGAAGAAGAAAAGGAGAUUGGAGCAGGAAGAACAAGUGAAGUGAACCCUCCACUUUAUUCUGGACACCACAUCAUAAGGCUUUGGUACCUGGGCCUGGCAGGGAAACUUUGGAUCUUCUCAUCUCCCCAGGUAAAAAAAAAAUAUCAGUGUUAAAGUGUUCACUUUUAUUUACUGAGUGUCAUGAAGCACAGAGAGCCGCUGGGGAGGGGUGUCGCUGAUUGGCUAGAGCGGUCAGCUGGCACUCUAAGCCAAUCAGUAGCUCCCCAUUCAUAAAAAAGUAAAACAUUUUUAUGAACCGGGAACUAGCGAUUGGCUUAGAGCGUCAACUGACUACUCUAGCCAAUCUGUAGCACCCAUGCCUGACGUCAAUCUGCACUUCCUGACACUCUGUUUCAAAAGCCGAAUACCACUGAGCGACCUGGAAAUCUGGAGCUGGAGGAAGCCUUAGGGGUUUAACCAUUUGAGAGCGGUUUAACCCCUUAAAGGAAAGAGAACACCCAGGGGCUUCCUGGCAUCAUAGCAUUUUCAUUUAAAUGAAGUUGUUAUGGUGACCAGAAUGUUCCUUUAAUUUGCUUAAAGGAACACUAUAGUGUCAGGAAUACAAACAUGUAUUCCUGACACCAUAGUUGUGAAAAAGCUUUUCACCCUGGCUUUAUGUGAUAAUGACUAUGCUCGUCCCCAUCAUGGCACUGUCAAAAAGGGACCAAGCAUGGAUGUCAUUACAAAAAUCCCCUGGAAAAAUUCCUGCGGACACCCAUGCCAGUCAGUGGUUUUGAUGUUGUGGCUGAUCAGUGUAGAUGUCAUCCUCAUUUUUUGGAGGAUGAAGCACAUAUUCCCAUCAUUAUAUGGGAGUCUUUUUGGUUAAAAUUGCAUUAAGUAUUUUCUAUUUUUUUUAAAUAAAGGUCAUAUUACUCAUGUCCGAGUCAAUGAAGCAAAUCUUGAUCCUCCCUUUCCGCUAUAUUUUUAAUUUACAAAAGUUAUAUCCCUAAAUCAAAUAAAUGGCCUCAUUUUCACAGAAAACUAGCCAAAUCAUAUGGAUCAUAGGAAAGUUUCUUUCUAUCAUUCUAUCAACAAAUUGUAUUCAGACUCCUUAAUAUUGGCCGUUACAAAAUCUCUUUUCAUGUAGUGUCUUGGGAUAGUUUUAUUACCAUUAGAAAUGAUGGCAUUGGGAAGAAAUUGGUCCUCCAUUUACAACCAAUUACCGAAAACUAUAAAAAAAAAUGAUAGUUUCCUACAACAGCAAAAACCACUCCAUAGAGUCCUUGUUUUAUUCUCACUUCUUUCACAUGAUGGUACAUGUGCAUGAACAUCAAUGAUGGCAAUUCUAUAUUAUUUUAACAAUAUAUGCAUUAUUAUACAGCAUACUAAUGUCUAAUUUAUGCAUUAUUUCCUGCAAAGUAACUGGGCUUGGUAAUCAUGAAUUGUCGUUUCAGAUGAAAACCAAACUCUACAGGCAAAUCAUCUGACUCGUGAGAUUGAUUCUUUGAGUGGGGAUUUAUAAGUCUUUGAAGUUAAUUCAUUGUUUUGGACUGAUUAACUAAUCUGCAGUAUUCAUUUGUAACCAGAUUUCAUCUCUCUUGAUCACUGUGCAAUGUGUGAUUUACUGCAUUUGUUUCAAGUACUGUGAUGACUUUUUUUUUUUAUACUACAUCUUUUUGUUCUUUGUAGGCCGUACUCACCGAUGAUGGGAGAAAUGUCCAAUGUUUGGUUUGAUAGAUAUAAAAUCUCAAUGGACAGCUGUGAAAAUCUUGAAUCUGUUGACUCGAUGUGCCAGAUCCUAACAAAUUUAAUCAAUGAUGAAGUGAAAACUGGAAUAGCAAAAAACAGGAUUCUUUUAGGUAAUUUAAGUGGCGCUCAAUAUGGUACUAAACUCUCUUACCUAGUUGCAUAUAUUGGAUUUAUUAUUGUUAUUAUUAAUAAUGUUAAAGCUGCUCUGUCACUCCCCCACCCCAUAAAAAGAGUAUUUCAUAAAUAUACAAUCAUUAUGAAAAAUGCACAUUGACUGAAAUUACUAUGCAUUAGUUCGGAAGUGCCGAAGUGAUUUGGAUUUCUGAAAAGUGGGAAAACGAGAGGAGGAGGGAAAAUUAUGUGAAUCUUGACCAAUAAGCUAAUUCCUUUUGUGCAAUGUAAUGCUUGCUUGCCCAAUCCGGUUUCACUAUUCCCUGUCCAAUGAAAUUAGCAAAUUUUUGUGAUUGAUGUUAGAGGACACACCAGUUAAUGGUGGAUUUGUCACUGACACUUGGCCAAUGAAGGCACACAGAGCCAUUGAGAUGGGAUAGGAUACAAAUCAGGCUGUCAGGGUAUUGGCUUACAUUCAUGUGACCAGACUAGUUGUGAUAGCACAAGAGACUGAGAUAGAUAAAAUACAUUACAUUUAUUGUACUUUACUUGUUGCAAACUUGGGGAGCCACAUUGCUUUUAAGUGUGUGUUCCAGGGAGAGAAAGUGAGUUUUUUUCCUUUUUAUUCCUCUGCAUUUCGUUUCUUUUUUUGAAGAGGGAGGGUGGGUGAGAGAGUGUGUGACUGUGCAAGCCAGAUAGUCUGAUUGCCAGGGUGUCUCUGCAGUUUACUGCAGUGAUUAAUUUUGUGUUUUUUAGCUGUUGUCAGGUAGCGUGAUUGCCAGUGUGUCUCUCUGCUGGACUGUGACUUUGCUACAGUUAUUAAUUUUGUGUUUUUUUUAGCAGAGCACAGGUAGUGUUACACUUGCUUCCUCUUCAACUCACCUGAAGCGGAGGCAAAUGAAACAGCAGGAGCCGCUAGCACCACCACCCUCCCUGCCCAUAGAACGCCUACCUUUCCUCCCACCACCCUCCCUGGGCAAAUCUCCCACAACUACCCACCACCACCACAACUCUCCCCGGGGGACCCUACACUGCUCUCCCUGCCAGCCAUCACUUGCUCUCACUUUUCUCUCUCACUUGCUUGUUCACACACAAAGUGCUUUCUAUCUGCUCUCACACUCUGCUCCUAAACUCUCCACAAAGAUGGUGUUACAGGGUUGGGAUUAUAUAUUGUGCAGAAGUGUUGUAUGGUGGUAGUGCUACCUAAUUGACUGCACUAUUUUUGCAGUGAAAAUAUAAUUUUGUAAAUUGUGUAUAUAUACUAAACUAACACUACUAAUUAUUAAUUAAACACAGUCCACUUAUUUAUUUUCCUCUUACCUGCUCGCCGGCGAUCACGAUGGGGGAACUUACCUAGCAUCCCAGGGAGUCCCCCUGCUGCCGAUCCGGCGCUCCAGGGCCAUGUGAUCGCGAGGUCCUUGCUGGGGGAGUACCUGGAAUACAGGUAGUCCCCCUGCUGCCUGUAAUAAAAUGAAAUAACGUUCAAAAAGUGUAAAAUAAAACAAUAUAUACUUAGAUCAUAUAUACAUUUUUUUUUAUAUAUAUAUAUAUAUAUAUAUGUGUGUAAUUUCGUUAUAACUCUAUUUUGAGAUAUAUAUAUGUAUAUAGAUAUUAAAAUACACUUAAAACUAAAUAAUAUAUCUAUAUACAUAAAUAUGUGUGUGUGUGUGUAUAUAUAUAUAUAUAUAUAUAUAUAUAUAUAUAUAUAUAUAUAUAUGUGUGUGUGUGCAUAUAUAUAUAAUAUAUAUAAAAUGCAAUAAUCCCCUGCACUCACGCUUGAAAAAAGAUCCAAUGCUGGGCGCAUCACCAGAGCUCCAAUAGACAAAAAAUCCAACAAGUAAGGCUGCUCUCCGGACUUAAAACAAAAAUUUAUUGAAUAAUAUUAAAAAUAACGCUCCGCGCGGCACUCACACUGCGAGACUUGCAGGGGAGCUGACAGAGGAGCUUACCGGAGGAGAGAAAAGGGAGCUGACAGGAGCUGCAGGAAAGGUAAGUUACAGCUCUCUGCCAGCCCCCUCCUACAUAGUGCACACCACUGAACCACCAGGGCAUGAGAGCCCCCCUCCCUGGCCAGGUAUCAGGCAGGGAGGGGGGACAAAAAAAAUAAAUACAAAUUUAAAUCAUAAUAAAAUAUUAAUAAUAUUAAAAAAUAAUAAAAUAAAAAUUAUUAAUAUAACAAAACAAAAUAUUAAAAUAAUAAUGAUAAUUAAAAAAAAAUAAUAAAAAUGCCCACUCCCCACCAAGGCUCUCCAUCACAUACACAACACACUCUGCAUUCAUACACACACUGCAUUCAUACACACGCUGCAUUCAUACACACACACACUGGACUCAUAUACACACACACACACACUGCAUUCAUACACACACUGCAUUCAUUAUAUACACAGACUGUAAAUAAAUAUUCAAUUAAUAUAAUUUUUUGGGGAUAUAAUUUUAUUUAGAAAUUUACCAGUAGCUGCUGCAUUUCCCACCCUUGUCUUUAGGGUAACAAAACAAAACAAAAUAUUAAAAUAAUAAUGAUAAUUAAAAAAUAAUAAUAAAAAUGCCCACCCCCCACCAAGGCUCUCCAUCACAUACACAACACACUUAUCACACACACACUGCAUUCAUACACACACACUGCAUUCAUACACACACUGCAUUCAUUAUAUACACAGACUGUAAAUAAAUAUUCAAUUAAUAUAAUUUUUUGGGGAUAUAAUUUUAUUUAGAAAUUUACCAGUAGCUGCUGCAUUUCCCACCCUAGUCUUAUACUCGAGUCAAUAAGUUUUCCCAGUUUUUUGUGGUAUAAUUAGGGGUCUCGACUUAUAUUCGGGUUCAUGUACUAUUUUUACAUAAUUAAGUCAUUUUAUUAAUUACAAUUUGCGGGACCCAGGCAGAAAGGCCAGAGAAUUUUAUUUUUUAGCACUAUAUUUAACCCUGUAACUUUCCAAGACACCAUAAAACCUGUACAUGGGGGGUACUGUUUUACUCAGGAGAUUUCGCUGAACACAAAUAUUAGUGUUUCAAAACAGUAAAAUCUAUUCAAACAAUGAUAUCAUCAGUGUAAGUGAAGUUUUUUGCAUUUUUCACACACAAACGGCACUUACACUGACUAAUUCUUGUGAUACGUUUUACGGUUUUGGAACACUAAUAUUUGUAUUCCACAAAGUCUCCUGAGUAGAACAGUAGCCCUAAUGUACAUGUUUUAUGGUGUUUUCAAAUGUUACAGAGUCAAAUAUAAGGCUCGUGUUUCAGUUUUUUCACAUUAAAAUUCGCCAGAUUGGUUACGUUGCCUUUGAGACCGUAUCGUUGCCCAGGAAUGAGAAUUACCCCUAUGAUGGCAUACCAUUUGCAAUAGUAGACAACUCAACGUAUUGCAAAUGGGGUAUGUCCAGUCUUAUUUAGUAGCCACUUAAUCACAAACACUGGCCCAAGUUGGCGUUCAAAUUAGUUUUUUUGCAUUUUUCACACACAAAUAACGCUAACUUUGGCCAGUGUUAUGCCAUCAUGGGGGUAAUUCUCAUUCCUGGGCUACCAUACGGUCUCAAAGGCAAAGUAACCAAUCUGGCAAAUUUUUAUGUACAAAAACUGAAAAAUGUAACAUGCUAUAUUUGACCCUGUAACUACCCAAAACACCAUAAAACAUGUACAUGGGGGGUACUGUUUACACAUGAGACAUCACUGAAUACAAAUAUGUGUAUUUUAUUGAAGUAAAAGCAAAAAAAUUAUUCAUAUUAAAUUAUGUUCCAUAGCUAAAUAUUUGAUGUUCAAUGAAAGCCCUAUUUCUCCUGAAUAACAUUAUAUAUUAAGUGUGGGUGCACUUAAUAUGAAAGGGGUGAAUUAUGGUUGAACAUACAUAUAGUCAAAUUCACAGUUUUGUUUACUUUUUAUUUUGAUCAAAACGUGUACAUUUGGCUCAGUUCUUAAGGGGUUAAGUGGUCUGGGUGCUGCUGUGAUUCACUAUGCAAUGUAAAACAUUGCUGUUUAAGAAAAAAACACACAUGUUUAUUUUUUCAAAAAGAACAACAUUCCGAAUUCCCGAAUGCCUGAAACGAAUGACAUGCCGAACUUCCGAAUGCCCGAAAUGAAUACCAUGUGCCCGAAUGCUGAGAUUCCGAACCGAGUGCCAUUCUGCAGUUCCAAAGUGCCGAACCGAAACGAAUGCCAUUGGUCCGAAUUGCCAAAGCAGACAAAUAUUUUUAGUGACCAGAAUUUCCGAACUAAAUUUUUUGCCCAUGCUCAUCCCUAGUAGGGACUACUUAUCUUAUAUAUAUUCACUAUGCCUGACAAAAGGCAGAGCUUCCACCAUUAUUUUUAUUUAUUAUUACUGCUAUUUAUAUAGCACCAACAGAUUCCGUAGCGCUUAAGUUGUCAUUUCCACCAUCCAUCACUAGCAAUGGCUGUGGGUGAAAAGGCAUUGUUUAUGGAAGCUCUCGUGGGAUCCUCCACAGACCUCAGUGUUGUAUGUUUGUGCUUGUGCAAGAAUAAAUCACUGACUUGAGCUCCUGGCAGGUAAAGUGCCUGGAGUUGAAGAUGACCCACCGGAUGAAGAUGGCGGCUGGGCGGUGAUGUUACCAUCUGGGGUCUCUGCAAAGUAUGCAAAGACCCUCAAUUUUGACCGAGCCGCUUCAAACAUUUCCUUACAUUAAGAGUAUAAUCUUCUAGAAUAGCUAAUUCCUCCUCUGACAAUUACAUAUACAGGGGCCACCAAAGAUAAUUAGAAAAAUCGCAUAUUUACUGGCCUGCAUAAACUAUCUAUACUGUGCUAGCCAAAUGGAUCACUAUUAAGGUGUUAAACAUACUUUCUUUUUUCAGAUGGUGAGGUACAAAGAUAGCCUCUAUAGUGGCUGCUGUGAGGCAUUUCCAUGUUAUAUAGCAUAUGGCUGCACACAAGGCAUUUUAGAAUUCUAUAGGUAGUCAAAGCCAUGCUUUGACACUUGCAUCUAUUGCAGCAUCUGUCUUGAAGGACAUAGCAAUUGUGACUAUAUCUUUAAUAUACAUCAUUAUUUUCCAUUUUUCCGGCAAAGUGUACAGAUGUGUAGGCCUAUGUAAAGCUGAAAUUGUUGUUCACAAGUUUUGUUUGUAAAGCCAUAUGGGAUUUACACAAAACAGUCAGGUGUGAAAUGAGCAAUCCGUUUACAAAAUUUAGGCUAUAAAUAAUCUAUUUUGGGCAGGUCACAUAUAAAAUGUGUUCUGUGCAGUGACAAAUCAUGCUCCUCUCUUUGGCAGUCUGGUUUUGGCGGAUGUCAGGAAAACAUUUUUUUUUUUUUUUUUUUGCCUGACUGCAUUGUGCCAACUGUAAAAGAGGGAUAAUGAUAUGGAGCUGUUUUUCAUGUGUUUGGCAAGGCCCCUUACUUUCAGUGAAAGGAAGUCCCAAUGCUUCAGCAUCCCAAGAGAUUUUGGACAAUGCUAUGCUUCCAACUUUGUGGGAACAGUUUGGAGAAUGCCCUUUUCUAUUCCAGCAGAACUGUAUUCCAGUGCACAAGGCAAGGUCCAUAAAGAAAUGGUUGGGUGAGUCUGGUGUGGAAGAACUUGACUGGCCCACACAGAGCCCCUGACCUCAACCCCAUUGAACACUGGGACAGAGAGUGUGAGCCAGGCCUUUUCAUCCAACAUCAGUAUCAGACCUCACAAAUGCUCUACUGGAUGAAUGCUCAAAAAAGUUCCACAGAAGCCCUCCAAAAUCUUGUGGAAAGUCUUCCCAGAAGAGUGGAAUCUGUUAUAGCUGCAAAAAGGCGACCAAUAGACAUUAAUGUCUAUGUAUUUAGUAUGCGAUGUCAUAAGAGUCCCUGUUGUUGUAAUGGACAGGUGUACCAAUACUUUUGUCCACAUAGGGUAGAGAGAGAGCUUUAAACUUGCACUGCUAUUUAAAGGAACACAAUAAUGUCAGGAAUACAAACAUGUAUUCUUGGCACUAUAGUUGUAAAAACAGAUUUUAGGUCCCUGACCCGUUGCCUCCAACUUAAGUUAUUUUACUUGCCUAUGUACCUCUAGUAGCCAUCUGAGUGACUGCCACUAGAGGUAUUCCUAGGCAGUAAUGUAAACACUGCAUUUUCUCUGGAAAGGCUGUGUUUACAUUAAAACCCUGCAGGGACAGAGUAUAGACUUCAAAACAACUACACUAAGCUGUAGUGAUUCUGUUGACUAUAGUGUCCCUUUUAUAUUAGCCUAACCUAAGUUUAGCACCGCUGCCUAGAAUUUGUAUUUCUAGGGGUCUUCAGUAAUCACAGGAUAUGUUCCUUUAUAACAAGCAGUUUUGUAAAAAUUAGUUUCCAUUUUCUUCUGUUAUUUUGAAAUGCCUCCUGGAUUUCCUAAUGAAAGACACAUUUAUUUUAGUUCUUCCUGUCGCACCAGGCCUGGCAAUCUCUCCCAAUUUGAGACUCAUUUGGUGGCAUCCCAGUUCAUUUCUCUGGUGUUUCCUUCUCUAUAGUCCUGGAGACACUUCUCUGAGAUCACGUAUGGGCUUUGUAAAAAUACUUCCUCACAAGGACUCUGCACGUGUACAUGAGCACCAUUCUGUACAUGAGCACCAUUCUGUUCAUGAGCGAGCCUCAUAGGCUGAUCACAGCUUGUAAAUCAAUGCUUUGAGCUGUCAUACCCCUUGUACCACCCCUUAUCCUCAAACAUUGGAGGUAUAAAGUGGUUUCUGAUCUUAUCCUACCACCUUUUGUUUGACUACAUUUUUAAUGCCCCGGCAUUAUGUGGUUACUGUAGUUAAACAUUAGCUAGAAUGUCGUUACCGAACACCUAUGAUGUAACCACUAGCUUUAUCCAAGUUGAUUGGAAUGAAUUCAUCAGAACUGGAUGACUAGUGCUUUGCUUAUGUCCUCAGUAGAGGGGGGGGUGGGGGGGAAUACAAACACAAUUUGGCUUCUGCCAGGAAAUUACCUUCACCUCUUGCUAAGACAUUACGGAAUGCUGAAAUGUAAUUCUCAUAGAGGGUAUGGCAUUAUUUUAAAUUUUUUUUGGUUAGAAAUGCCAGGGAAGACACGCAUUAUUCUUUUGAGCGCAUGCGAAAAAAAUGAAAGCAAUCUGCAUGUACCAUGUGUUUUAUACAUCACGUCAAAGUAGACACUGAAAUACUAUCUCUGUGAAUCAUGCUUUUUUUUUUGCCACAAACUAUAAAUAUUCAUUGAAAUCACAGUCUCCAAAGAAUUUACUACAAUUUUUACCUUGGGACUAUAAUGUUAUUAAGUGAUACGCUGCAGGUUUUUCCACAGAAAAUUCAAAGAGGUAGUCUUUUGUACCAAUAUUCCCCCUCCUCCCCCUCCCCACCCCCUUUUUUUUUUUUGUAGUGCAAACCACAUAAAAGUAUUAUUACUUAAUAUUCUACUCUGGAGGUGACUACAUGUCAAAAAAAUUGCUAGUGAGUCACCGCUCUUUCAUUUGCCAGAUUGUGACUAAGAGGGGGUGUAAAAUGUAGCUUGGGUUUUCUCAGAAGCAGUAAUGAGCAUUUGGUGACUUUAUUAUUGGAAGAUCGGAAUGCAUAGGCAAUGUACGAAAUGUUUAUGGUUUUGUGGAAUGGGAACAGUCCAGUGGUGACAUUAUGCUGAUGAGAGUUUGUGCCCUCCAGAUGCACUCUUACAUGCAAGAGCCAGCAGAUUCAGAGUCAUAAUAAAAGUUUGUUUUUUAAAGAGAGAGAAGCAUGUGACUUUUUCUGACACAUGAAAACAGACGUGAUUUUUAAGUGUAAAGUAUGUGUGAGUUUUUCUGCUAUAAAGUUCAAAUGUUGCUGUUACAAAAAUAAGUGUUAACGCACCCUGAAAAGGCACUGUAUGUGUCUGGACAUAAAAUGGCAACAGGUAAAUAAAUCUACACAAUAUAAUUUGGGUAAUGUGACUUUUUGCAGAGUAUGGUUUAGAUUUAUCAAAACUACUUGCACACAAAACAAAGUUAAUGAUGUAGGACUUGCUGUCAGGUUCUGAAUUUAAAUUAUUUGUACUGGUAGCAGAUCAAGUCAGAAAAGCAUAUGUAGUGGUAGUGGCAUAUUAAUACAAAAUAACGCACAAGGUUAUUCACUAGACUCAGAUUUUCGUUAAUUCCAAAUGGAAAUACUGAGAUAGAAAUAGUUGAUCUGAAAAUAUUUUACAAGCCGGCUAUAGUCACUGCUUGUCUAUUUUUGCCCAGUUAUGUUGUUUAGACUUAAUUUGCUAAUUUAAUUUUCAUAAAUACCCAUGGUAUUAUGUGAAAAAGUACCCUACCCAAGGGUUUAACAGAUUGUACUGAUGAUGCAUUAGCCAACUAAGCUAUGUUACUGGCCUUAUAUCUUAAAAUCUUACUUCUGUCUUCUCACUAGUACAUUAAAUAAAUGGUCUUGACCAUCAUGUUUGCAAGGUCCAAAUGUAAAGUGAAAUAACUGCAUCUAUACAUUUGUUAGAAAUUUGGCUUGCUCAAUGUAUCAAUAUCAAUGUAUUCUCAAUACAGGGCUAUUCACUAAAGUCUGAAUACCCCCAGUCCAGAUUAGCAAAAAUAAUUUUGUACCAUCUGGGUGCAUUUGGACACCAAUAUUGAUCACAGUGUCUAUCAAUGUUUAGAUCUCAAAUGACAUAAAGGUCCACUGGAUUUUGGCCUAUCACUAGUGGAUGGAUGAAAUCCACAUUUGAAUGCUUAAUAUCCAGAAUAUUUGCAAGUUGGCAGCACAAGCAGCCAGUUGGCAAAUAGUAAAAAAAAAAAAAACUCUGCAUUGUGAGGGUUAACAAUUUUGGUAUAACAAGAGACAAAAAAAAUCCAAAUCCACAAAGGUAAGUUUAAUCCAUAGCAUGCAAAAAAAUGACAAACAGGGGGGAAAGGUAAAAAAACACAGGACCUUAGUCAUAGCAGUAACUAACAAAUAUAACACACGCUGAUAUGUCCAAAAAUAAGCUAACCGCCUCCACCCAGAAAAAACCCAGGGAAUUUCACAGAGAGUCAUGUCAAACACUAACCUGGGGCAUCUUGUUAAUGCUUCAGUAAGGCAGCUUUCCAUAAAUUAAAUAAUCCCUUUCCUUCCCAUUUUAUAGGAUUUCAUACCCACAUAGCUUGUGAUUGUCCAUCCAAAAGAAGGCAGCACUAUAAGAUAUAUGAAACCAAGAGUUGCACUCACCUGAACAUGCAUACAUUAUAGGGUGCUGCUGGGGCCAAAUUCAUACAACACAUAAGAUCCAACACACUCAUUCAUUCACUAAACAGCAAUUUCAAGUCUCACAGAACUUAAUAUUUUUUUAUUGAAAAACACAUCACCUAGGCAAAAAUAAUGGGGGUUUAUUACAGUAUAGGAUCAUACAUUGCAUAAGCUUGCCACAAUUUCAAUGUCACCCUUUUUUGGCAGGUCCUACUCUAGCACCUAAUGACUGCUCUUAUGAGAUUAAUCCACUUACUUGGGAAAUACUAUACUACUUUCUACUUGCUCCCCACUUAUAUCAGAAUGCCAGCAAGUUGAUUCUCAGUUUGAUGUUCGAUAUGAAAACCUUCCAAUAUUCCAUUGUAACGAGAGAAAAAAGUUAUGAAAAAUGUAUUUAAUAGACUGUUUUAUUUUCCUCAGUUGACAAAAUACUUAUAAGCGUACACUAAAGAGUGAUCUAUUGCUCCAGAGAAGGUCAUGAAAUAAGAGAAUAUACCAUUAGCCUUUCAAGGACACUUUGGCCAGAAUGAGUCUCUAACGGAAUUCUUUGACUGUUUCACUUUUAUGCAGUUCUUUAUUUGUUUUGCAGGUGGAUUUUCCAUGGGAGGUGCUAUGGCCAUGCAUUUGACUUACAGAUUCCACAGGGAUGUGGCUGGAGUGUUUGCUCUUUCUGGUUUUCUCAAUAAAGAUUCAGUGGUUUAUAAGGUAUUCUUUUUCCUGUAAAGGAAAUGUUUGUAGUAAUGAUUAGCUAUAUUUUAAAUUAAUAUAUGGAUAAUUUUGUUGUGUUUUGGCUACGUACGUUUAUACUUUUAAACUUCUUGUUGUCCCAUUGUUUUUGUUCAUGUUUUGUUUUUUUAAACUAUUUGGUUCAACUUAGGUAAUAUUCAUCGACAAAAAUAAAAUUUCAAUUUCAUUUAAAAAAAUGUCAAGUUUUGGGAAAAUUAUAAAAAGAGUUAAAUGCCUUCUUCUGUAUCAAUAAAUGAGAUUUAAACAUGCGCCCAUGUGUGAACUGAGGUCUGGAUGAGCUCAUGAUGCUGAUCUGAGGUCUGUGGGGGAGACGGCAGGAGAGCUCACCUAGAACGCUUGUGACACUUUCGUAAGCUCUCUGGAACUAAUGGAAGGAGGAAGCAAACCUCUGUGGUGGUUUAUUGGCAGCCAGGGGGGUGGUGCAUAAUUUAUUAGUUUAAAAAACUAUGUAUUUCUAACACUACAGUGUUGCAGUAGCAGUUUAGAUCACUGGCUCCUGCAGAGUGGAGUUAAAAAAAAUAAAAAAAUUUAAAUUUACCUUUUCUUAAUCACUAUGCAGGUUUUGCCACAGCUGGCCCCGCCUCCAUGGCUGAGAGCAUCAAUCUUGAUGAUCUCAGCCAAUCCAAUACUUUCCCAUAGGUAAUCAUUGGGAGGCUAUUGCACAUGCACGGCAAAACGCCAAUCAAUGCAUCUCUACAGGGAUUGUUCAGCGUCUCCGUGCAGAGCGUGGAUAUGUUGAACGUAGGUACUGCACAUAAUACAGCACUGAAAUAGGAAAUGUGACCCAACUAUUGUUUUUUUAUUUUGCUUCUUUCUCUUGGUAACUGCAUUUAUGAAGCUGGUGUAGCCUGCUAUAAUGGGUGGAUGUGUAGCAUAAUAUACACUGCAUUCCGAAAGUAUUCAGACCCCUUCAUAUUUUUUAGAUUUAUUUUUAUGUUGCAGCCUUGUGUUGCUACAAUUGUUUUAAAAAAACAACAACUAAUUUUCUCACAUCACAUGCAAAUAAUCUUCUCAGGUUUUGUCAGGUUGGCAUGAGAACAUCAGUGGACAUGUCUAUUUUCAUAUCUCUCUAGAGAUCCCUAAGCCACUCUUGCAUUGUUUUUCUGAUUGCACUGUGUGCAUAUGUGUGUGUGUGUGUGUGUGUGUGUAUGUAUAUAUAUAUAUAUAUAUAUAUAUAUAUAUAUAUAUAUUUGUAUUUAUUUAUUUUUUGACCCUGCAGAUUUCAGUGAUGAUGCCCGUUGAAUUGUUAUAUGUCAGUUACCUACAUUAUUGGAUUUUAUAUAUUUUUUUUCUUUUUCUUUCUCAGGAACUUAAAGAAGUAAAGUGUAGACUUCCUGAAUUAUUCCAGUGGCAUGGAAAUGCUGAUACUCUAGUUUUACCACAAUGGGGUGAAGAAACCAACAAAAUACUAAAAUCCCUUGGUGUGACUACAACAUUCCAUAGUACUCCAAAUAUGUAUCAUGAGCUAAACCUCAGAGAGCUUCAUCAUUUAAAAGCUUGGAUUUUAAAGCAGCUGCCCACAGAUUAUACAGGUGCCCAAAAGAGCCAAGUCCUCUAAAUAAAUAUUUACUAUCAAUACCAAGUUGUGUUUUUUGUUUUUCUUCUUCUAGCAUUGUAGCAUUUAGUAGGCCAGCAUUUAAUUGCAUUUUUAAAUAUCACAGAUAAUUAAAAUAGUUAACAUUUAUACGGAAUCUGCAC